AUGGCGGACAUCAGCCUGCAGACAAGGGAAGACGGCAAGCGCCAAGGCUGCAACUCGAAUGCACCCAAAGAACUAUGCAGGAGUCUAUGAGGACAAAGUACACUCUGAUGCCUGCUCUGAUGGACACUUGCCCCCUACCACCUGAACACAGCAGAAGAGGUAUCUGAUAAAAGCGGGACUACCCCUGUCUGAGUGGCCUUGGGACCACCAGGAUACCGAUAUCCCCCACACGGAGGCAGCUCUGGGAACUAUGAUCCAUCAGGGUGACAGUUGCCCCACAUUGUGUAACCCCACUAGUCUUCAUAAUAUGACCUACCUAGACAUAGUAUGAAAGUUAAUCUAUAAGUUGUAUCUACCAGUGACCGCAAGUUAGCGCAAUGUAUACGGCACUCACAGCAACGUAAACUCUUAUUCCACACUACAUCUUAACUGAAGUUACUGAACCUACUGUAUAGCUACAUAACUAACUAAGCCUGUUUACCUUUAGCCUGCAUGAUCUCUAACUUAAAAAUGAGCCACUAGUUAAGUCUACAUUACCUUGACUAACUCAUGUUGUAUCUACAAUACUGUUGCUAGCUUAAUCGUUAAAUAUAAAAUUUCAUGCUGUUUUCCUAAAUGAUGCAAGUAUUAUCUCUAGUAGUCCUCACUAUUACUUCACAUGUAUCACUGAAUGUACCGCAAAUCCUUGCAUUUGCUGUUGUGGCAAUGCAGGAUGCAAUGUAACCUCAUGCAUGUUCAAAAAUAAAGAAUAUAAAAAAACAAAAUUAAUACCGGGAUGACGUGGGUAUGGGACCGGUGGUCCGUGUCAAAAUUGCUGCCAGAAUGAUGCAUCAACCUAACAGAUAUUGUGAGAUUUACUUAGUUUAAGUGAUUGAGUCCCUCUUACUUCUUCCUACCUAACUUCUCAAAUGUAUCCUACCGAGGUGUAACACAGAGUUCUCAGCAGACAAGUGUCCCUACCACUAAAAUGUGCCAAUACAUCGUUAUUAAACUCUCAAAUUGACUGCUUUAAAAUUUCAGCGCAGUCAAAAGACAUACUAGGACAAUGCAGGGACAACUUUGUCUUAGUAUUUUUCCUAUGCUUGACAACAGUGACAGGUCUAGGGAUAAAGGCUCUGUCUGUGGAUGACUCCCAAGUCUCACAGGAUCCUCCAUAGAACUCAUUGUUGUACUCUCAUGUGUGAGAAACCUAUAACAAGUACUAAGGAUUAUCAUCUAAUCAAUGGUAAUGGUAAAAUAUCCAAUCAAACCAAACCUGUAAUAACUGCUAAUGGUUAUCAUCCAAUCACACCAAACCUAUAACAACUGCUAAUGGUUAUCAUCCAAUCAAACCAAACCUGUAACAACCGCUAAUGGUUAUCAUCCAAUCAAACCAAACCUGUAAUCCAAUCAAACCAAACCUGUAACAACCCCUAAUGGUUAUCAUCCAAUCAAACCAAACCUGUAACAACCGCUAAUGGUUAUCAUCCAAUCAAACCAAACCUGUAACAACCGCUAAUGGUUAUCAUCCAAUCAAACCAAACCUGUAACAACCGCUAAUGGUUAUCAUCCAAUCAAACCAAACCUGUAACAACCGCUAAUGGUUAUCAUCCAAUCAAACCAAACCUGUAACAACCGCUAAUGGUUAUCAUCCAAUCAAACCAAACCUGUAACAACCGCUAAUGGUUAUCAUCCAAUCAAACCAAACCUGUAACAACCGCUAAUGUUAUCAUCCAAUCAAACCAAACCUGUAACAACCGCUAAUGGUUAUCAUCCAAUCAAACCAAACCUGUAACAACCGCUAAUGGUUAUCAUCCAAUCAAACCAAACCUGUAAUAACUGCUAAUGGUUAUCAUCCAAUCACACCAAACCUGUAACAACUGCUAAUGGUUAUCAUCCAAUCAAACCAAACCUGUAACAACCGCUAAUGGUUAUCAUCCAAUCAAACCAAACCUGUAACAACCGCUAAUGGUUAUCAUCCAAUCACACCAAACCUGUAACAACUGCUAAUGGUUAUCAUCCAAUCAAACCAAACCUGUAACAACCGCUAAUGGUUAUCAUCCAAUCAAACCAGACCUGUAACAACCGCUAAUGGUUAUCAUCCAAUCAAACCAACCUGUAACAACCGCUAAUGGUUAUCAUCCAAUCAAACCAAACCUGUAACAACCGCUAAUGGUUAUCAUCCAAUCAAGCCAAACCUGUAACAACCGCUAAUGGUUAAUCAAUCACACCAAAGCUGUAACACGCUGGUUAUCAUCCAAUCACACCAAACCUGUAAACCGCUAAUGGUUAUCAUCCAAUCAAACCAAACCUGUAAUAACCUGUAACAACCGCUAAUGGUUAUCAUCCAAUCAAACCAAAUAACAACUGCUAAUGGUUAUCAUCCAAUCACACCAAACCUGUAACAACCGCUAAUGGUUAUCAUCCAAUCAAACCUGUAACAACCGCUAAUGGUUAUCAUCCAAUCACACCUGUAACAACCGCUAAUGGUUAUCAUCCAAUCAAACCAAACCUGUAACAACCGCUAAUGGUUAUCAUCCAAUCAAACCAAACCUGUAACAACCGCUAAUGGUUAUCAUCCAAUCAAAUCAAACCUGUAACAACCGCUAAUGGUUAUCAUCCAAUCAAACCAAACCUGUAACAACCGCUAAUGGUUAUCAUCCAAUCAAACCAGACCUGUAACAACCGCUGAUGGUUAUCAUCCAAUCAAACCAAACCUGUAACAACCGCUAAUGGUUAUCAUCAAAUCAAAUCAAACCUGUAACAACCGCUGAUAUGGAUUAAUGAGCACCUUUCCCCUUAUAUCCUGUGUCACACUACACAGUUGAUUGAGUAAUGUCAGGAUGCUCUAUUAUAACAGGUGGCCUUUGAUCCUGAUUUGUAUCUUCUUCUUGUUUCCUCCCCUGCACUGCAUAUCCUGAUAACACCUUGUUGGGAAGUGUUUGUUUAAUCAAGUAACACCUUUUGACCAGCUAAUGCCAAAUGUGCUUUAAGUUCUUUUAAUAUGCAAUUGACAGAACAUGACUGUAUUAUGUGAAGACAACCCCUUUUGGAUGUGUAUAGAAUUUUGUUAUAAGAUCUGUGUUUUCCCCAUUAAAAUUAGGUAUAGUAUUCUGCCAUACAUUUGUGUGAAUGAGUACUGCCCUCCGAGCUCGUAUUUCUGCUGUGUCCAUUCCUUGUCUUCAUACCUGAGAGAAAACAUUGCUGUCUGCUAAAUUUAAACCACAACAACCGCUAAUGGUUAUCAUCCAAUCAAACCAAACCUGUAACAACUGCUAAUGGUUAUCAUCCAAUCAAACCAAACCUGUAACAACCGCUAAUGGUUAUCAUCCAAUCAAACCAACCUGUAACAACCGCUAAUGGUUAUCAUCCAAUCAAAAACCUGUAACAACCGCUAAUGGUUAUCAUCCAAUCAAACCAAACCUGUAACAACCGCUAAUGGUUAUCAUCCAAUAAUCCAAUCAAACCAAACGCUAAUGGUUAUCAUCCAAUAACCAACCGCUAAUGGUUAUCAUCCAAUCAAACCAAACCUGUAACAACCUGCUAAUGGUUAUCAUCCAAUCAAACCAAACCUGUAACAACUGCUAAUGGUUAUCAUCCAAUCAAACCAAACCUGUAACAACCGCUAAUGGUUAUCAUCCAAUCAAAUAACAACUGCUAAUGGUUAUCAUCCAAUCCACCUGUAACAACCUGUUAUCUCCAAUCAAACAAACUGCUAAUGGUUAUCAUCCAAUCAAACCAAACCUGUAACAACCGCUAAUGGUUAUCAUCCAAUCAAACCAAACCUGUAACAACCGCUAAUGGUUAUCAUCCAAUCAAACCACACCUGUAACAACCGUUAAUGGUUAUCAUCAAAUCAAAUCAAACCUGUAACAACCGCUGAUAUGGAUUAAUGAGCACAUUUCCUGUGUCACACUACACAGUUGAUUGAGUAAUGUCAGGAUGCUCUAUUAUAACAGGUGGCCUUUGAUCCUGAUUUGUAUCUUCUUCUUGUUCCCCCCCCCUGCACUGCAUAUCCUGAUAACACCUUGUUGGGAAAUGUUUGUUUAAUCAAGUAACACCUUUUGACCAGCUAAUGCCAAAUGUGCUUUAAGUUCUUUUAAUAUGCAAUUGAAAGAACAUGACUGUAUUAUGUGAAGACAACCCCUUUUGGAUGUGUAUAGAAUUGUGUUAUAAGAUCUGUGUUUUCCCCAUUAAAAUUAGGUGUAGUAUUCUGCCAUACACUUGUGUGAAUGAGUACUGCCCUCCGAGCUCGUAUUUCUGCUGUGUCCAUUCCUUGUCUUCAUACCUGAGAGAAAACAUUGCUGUCUGCUGAAUUUAAACCACAACAACCGCUAAUGGUUAUCAUCCAAUCAAACCAAACCUGUAACAACUGCUAAUGGUUAUCAUCCAAUCAAACCAAACCUGUAACAACCGCUAAUGGUUAUCAUCCAAUCAAACCUGUAACAACCGCUAAUGGUUAUCAUCCAAUCAAACCAAACCUGUAACAACCGCUAAUGGUUAUCAUCCAAUCAAACCAAACCUGUAACAACCGCUAAUGGUUAUCAUCCAAUCAAACCAAACCUGUAACAACCGCUAAUGGUUAUCAUCCAAUCAAACCAUACCUGUAACAACCGCUAAUGGUUAUCUUCCAAUCAAACCAACCGCUAAUGGUUAUCAUCCAAUCAAACCAAACCUGUAACAACCGCUAAUGGUUAUCAUCCAAUCAAACCAAACCUGUAACAACCGCUAAUGGUUAUCAUGCAAUCAAACCUGUAACAACCGCUAAUGGUUAUCAUCCAAUCAAACCAAACCUGUAACAACCGCUAAUGGUUAUCAUCCAAUCAAAUCAAACCUGUAACAACCGCUAAUGGUUAUCAUCCAAUCAAACCAAACCUGUAACAACCGCUAAUGGUUAUCAUCCAACCAAAUUAAACCUGCAACAGUUGAAAAGAGGCGGGAUAACGUGACCGUGCACGCAUGCAUACAUGCCCGCGUCUGAUGCAGGGAACCCGAUAGCAAACGGCGAAUGCUCUAACCCUCCCUCCUCGUGGACUACCUGCCCUUGGAAUAUAGCGGCGGUGUCGGAGCCGACGUAGGAGCUGAGUUGGAGGCGCAGAGUUUGCUUGCGGGCAGCCGCCUUCCCAUGCUGCUGUUCGAACAACUGUAGUGGAAUGUGGGUGGCAUAUGGGUACACUGUGGCCACGGACCCCUCCGGAUGAUAUACUACCCCACACAUGUGGUCCUCGUGGCGGCAUUACGAAGGGGACAAGUUGGCUGCGCAGAGCUAACAGCAGGAGAAGUCUAACUGAAGUCUAUGGAAAUGUGAUCUGAAGCUGAUACAGAUAAGUUACAAUUUGAAACAUUGGAACAUUGUAUUGAUGUAAUAUGUUGCUGCAUCAAUCAAUCUGCAACUAUGUGAGGGAGACUGCAGAUUGCAGACCAAAUUGAAUAAUGUAGAUACUUUGUGGACAAAAUUGAAUUCUAAACUGAAUAUAUUUUAUAAAUCACUGUAUAAAAACCCCCAUCGGUACAAUAGAAACCCAUAAAAACAUAGGGAGAGAGGGGAGAGAGAAUAAAGGAAAGGAGGAAAAGGGGGAGGUGAGGAAAAUUGGGGCAUAUCUGCUGAAUAAACUCAUAUUAAAACAAAUCUAAAAACGAACCUAAAUAGAAGGGGAUCUCCAGGCGAAAAGGAUAGACAUACGUGAAGACAAUAAAGGAACAUAUUUACGAAGACCUGUCUAUAUUGAAGCAGUGUGCCUAAAUACACUCUACACUGCCUUUAAGAUAAAGAUAAUUAAUAUUGUACAUCCAACUCUAUAUUAAUAACCACCAUAAAGACUGAGAGGAAAGGAGUUAGAGAAUAAGAAUACUCAGCAGAGAGAGAGGAAGAGAGAAAAAAAGAAAUCCAUUAUUUAUUUAUUUAUUUAUUUGUAUAGUUUUUCAGGCAACAAAUAGCCAAAUAGCUAGGGUUCUCAUAUAUCCUAAAAUCUGUGCGUGGGGAAGAGUAUAUAUAUAUAUUUUAUUUUUUUCUUCUCUUCUUUUCUUCUUGGGUUUAAAGGCGCCUUUCAAACAUUGUAGAAAAUACUUUACCACUGUAUAUAAAAAGGGAAGCGUGAAGGAAACCGGGGGGGAAGAGAAAGGGAUAGUAAGAUGGCCAGCAAAGAAAAAACUAAGACCCUAACUACGAAAGACAGGGAAAGAUUAGAAAAGGUACACCAAAAUAAGAAAGAUAAAAAUCUCCUCGUGCUCAAAAUGAUACAUCCAAAAUUACUAUAAACUCCCCCGCAGCUUCUAAGGAUAGAUUAUCAUCUGGGAAGACAUCAUUGGCGGACCAAUCACAAAUAUCCUUUAAUUCUGAACAAUCAACAAUAUCUCCAGAACUAUUAAAAUCCUCCCUAGAAAAUCAAUGGGAACUUAUAAGAUCAGUUAUUCAAAGUAAUACACGUGAGAUAAAGAAUGAUCUAUCCACUCUGGGUAACAAAGUUACGGCCCUAGAAGACAAGAUAGAACGCGUACAGGUCUCUUCAUUAGAAUUCAAAGAGCAUCUAAAAUCUCUUGAAACAAAGGUAAUUACUAUGCAAAACAAGAUAACUGACCAGGAGGACCAUUCUCCCAGGAAUAACGUAAGAAUUAGAACAAUACCUGAAACGGUGACCAAUGAUGUAUUAGUAGUGUGUGUGGAACUGCACAAACUCCCAUAAAUCUGAGCCAGAAUCAAACACUAGAUUUCCAAAAAUUAAUCAAAUAAUAGCGGUCCAGGCACUCCUUGGUUCAAGACAGGUACUUUAUUAAGAACCACAACAGCAGCGUUUCGACCCCAAAAGGUCUUUGUCAAGCUGAUACAUACAUCAGUUGUACAAUAUAUAUAACAAACUUUAAACAAUCACAAUUAUGAAAUACACUUGUGAAUCAGUAUCCUAAGCAAGUAGUUUUACAGCUGAAAGUAGUAUACUACUGAUCAGCAAUACUUAAUUAAUUACAUUAAUUAGAAAGAGAAUCUAAUACUUAAUUGCCAAAAACAAACGAGCUUUGAAAGACUUAUUAAUUUGUUGAUACAGGAAAAGGAAAUGUAUAUAUUAUUUUUAUAUGGAUACUGACAUAACAUCUAAGUGUAUAUAGGACAUAAAAUACACAUAUACACAACAUAAAUACAAUAUAAUAAUAAGACCAGAAUAUACGAUUCCAGAAGUUUCCAUUAUCGAUUAGAAAUCCUUGAUCAGAAUCACAAAGUAUUAAUAUUAAGUAUCCUUAAUACAUAAAGCACAUCAAGUUCAAAAAGUUUUACUUUCCUUUAAGUGAAUUAUUGUUUGACCUUUUUUGACCUUGGCAUUAUUUGCUAUAUACACUGAUGUUUGGUUUGUGGUGUUAGCUUGAAAAAGACCUCGUAGAAGGUCGAAACAUUGCUGCUUUUUUGUUUCAUUAAAUCUGCCUGCGGCUUUAACACUCUGAGUGCCUUGGAAUCUCUUUGUUGCCUUAACGUGUUGGGAUUGCUGGUCCUGUUCCGACGCUCCGGUGGCUGCUGGGAUUGAGUGCGGUUCCUACAAUCAUCUUUGCAAAAGUUUCAAUAUGGUCAAAUUGUUUCUCUCAGGAAACAAGAUGUGUUUUAUAACAGGGUCCCCUACGCGUUCCUCGAGCUGGGCUGCGUAUUGCGGAUUAGUGGAGGCGGGCCUUAUUGGUGGUAAACAAAUGUUCAUGUGAUUUUCCGGGUCAGGGAUCUUCUAUGUUUUUGUUAAAAAGGAAAAAUUAUUAUUUACAUUUGUUAAUAAAAUGGGGCUGACUAUAUGGGGGGGAGAAGGGGGGCUGCCUGCUAGCUGUAUCACUGGAACACACUUGGUGAGAGUUAGAGUGUGUAUUAGUUAUAGUAAAAUUCUAAUAUGGAGCAGUCACCAUGGAAACCAGAAGUUAUAUGUUUGUUUUUUCUCAAUGCCAAGGUGCAGCAUCCCCCCCACCCCCUCCCAUUCCCCCCAUACUGCCAUGGGACUCUGAUGCUGGUACAUGGUGCUUUGGCUGACUGAGCAUCAUGUGAGUCACAGUCCAUGGCUGGGAGACCUUUGCUUGCAUUCCAGACAGACUGAAUGCAGGAAGAGAAAGCCACAGAACUGGCUGGUUCAGUCCUUCUUCCCUCCUCUGUGUGGGUGUUAUAGGAGGUAAAGCUAGUUCACUAUACAGUACAGAACAGGCCCCCCAGGGCCACACAGAGGAUAUAGUGACUGUCAGUGUCAGUGUGGACUUGGACACUCACCCACAAACUGGGAAAUCAGGCUUGGUACCAAGCUGCUCCUGGGUCAGAACUCUAAGGGACUUCCUCGGGUAAUUCACUGAUUUAUCAACUUUUAUUGAAAAGCCUUCAUCAUAUUACUAGCUGUGUGAUGUUGGUGUGUUUAGCACUGUGUAUGUAAAGCUGUGUGAUGGUGUGUUUAGCACUGUGUAUGUAAAGCUGUGUGAUGUUGGUGUGUUUAGCACUGUGUAUGUAAAGCUGUGUGAUGUUGGUGUGUUUAGCACUGUGUAUGUAAAGCUGUGUGAUGGUGUGUUUAGCACUGUGUAUGUAAAGCUGUGUGUUGGUGUUUUUAGCACUGUGUAUGUAAAGCUGUGUGAUGGUGUGUUUAGCACUGUGUAUGUAAAGCUGUGUGUUGGUGUUUUUAGCACUGUGUAUGUAAAGCUGUGUGUGAUGGUGUGUUUAGCACUGUGUAUGUAAAGCUGUGUGUGAUGGUGUGUUCAGCACUGUGUAUGUAAAGCUGUGUGUGAUGGUGUGUUUAGCACUGUGUAUGUAAAGCUGUGUGAUGUUGGUGUGUUUAGCACUGUGUAUGUAAAGCUGUGUGAUGGUGUGUUUAGCACUGUGUAUGUAAAGCUGUGUGAUGGUGUGUUUAGCACUGUGUAUGUAAAGCUGUGUGAUGGUGUGUUUAGCACUGUGUAUGUAAAGCUGUGUCAUGUUGGUGUGUUUAGCACUGUGUUUGUAGAGCUGUGUGAUGGUGUGUUUAGCACUGUGUAUGUAAAGCUGUGUGAUGGUGUGUUUAGCACUGUGUAUGUAAAGCUGUGUGAUGGUGUGUUUAGCACUGUGUAUGUAAAGCUGUGUCAUGUUGGUGUGUUUAGCACUGUGUUUGUAGAGCUGUGUGAUGGUGUGUUUAGCACUGUGUAUGUAAAGCUGUGUGUUGCUGAUUGUGUGUUUAACACUGUGUAUGUAAAGCUGUGUGUUGGUGUGUUUAGCACUGUGUAUGUAAAGCUGCGUGUUGGUGUUUUUAGCACUGUGUAUGUAAAGCUGUGUGUUGGUGUUUUUAGCACUGUGUAUGUAAAGCUGUGUGAUGGUGUGUUUAGCACUGUGUAUGUAAAGCUGUGUGAUGGUGUGUUUAGCACUGUGUAUGUAAAGCUGUGUGUUGGUGUUUUUAGCACUGUGUAUGUAAAGCUGUGUGUGAUGGUGUGUUUAGCACUGUGUAUGUAAAGCUGUGUGUUGGUGUGUUUAACAAUGUGUAUGUAAAGCUGUGUGUUGGUGUGUUUAGCACUGUGUAUGUAAAGCUGUGUGUUGGUGUGUUUAGCACUGUGUAUGUAAAGCUGUGUGUUGGUGUGUUUAGCACUGUGUAUGUAAAGCUGUGUGUUGGUGUGUUUAGCACUGUGUAUGUAAAGCUGUGUGCUGCUGAUUGUGUGUUUAACACUGUGUAUGUAGAGCUCUGUGAUUGUGUUUAGCACUGUGUUUGUAGAGCUAUAGGCCGCUGUUUUACUUGUAUGUGUGUGUUUUCUGUUUUUGUUUGUUGUCUGUCUGUGCUCAGUGUACACGAUGGACCUUUGUCUCCCCUGCCGUAAAAAAGAGGAAAUUGUGUGAUAUAUACAUGUAUGUGAAAAGUGCUCUUACCAAGAAGAAUAUAUUAAGGUUUCUGUCAUUGUGUGUAUUCUGCUCUCACAGGUAACACAAUACAAUGUACAAAGGGGAGGUUAUUUUUAUAGAAAUUAUUUACUGCUCCAAAAAGUAAACAGGGACUAUUGUGCCACAGAGGCCGUGGAGAGCGAAGCAGAUUGUGCCAUAGGGGCUGUAGAGAGUGGGGCAGAUUGUGCCAUAGGGGCUGGGCAAAGUGGGGCAGAUUGUGCCAUAGGGGCGGUGCCGAGUGGGCAGAUUUUGCCAUAGGGGCUGGGCAAAGUGGGGCAGAUUGUGCCAUGGGGCGGUGCCGAGUGGGCAGAUUUUGCCAUAGGGGCUGGGCUGAGUGGGGCAGAUUGUGUCAUAGCGGUGGUGCCGAGUGGGCAGAUUGUGCCAUAGGGGCUGGGCAGAUUGGGCAGAUUGUGCCAUAUGGGCGGUGCCGAGUGGGCAGAUUGUGCCAUAGGGGUGGUGGGGAGUGGGGCAGAUUGUGCCAUUGGGGCGGUGCAGUGUGGGCAGAUUGUGCCAUAGGGGCGGUGCAGGGUGGGGCAGAUUGUGCCAGAGGGGCUGUGGAGGGAAGUGGGGCAGGUGUGCCAUAGGGGGCUGGGCAAAGUGGGGCCAGAUUGUGCCAUGGGGCCGGUGCCAAGUGGGCAGACCCAUUUUGCCAUAGGGCUGGGCUGAGUGGGGCAGAUUGUGUCAUAGAGGUGGUGGUGCAAGUGGGCAGGUGUGCCAUAGGGGCUACAGUCUGGAAAUUAGAACCCAGGUGUGUACCAUAGAGGUGCCAGUGGGCAGGCCAUUGCCAUAGGGGCUGGGCAAGAUUGGGCAGGUGUGCCAUAUGGUGAGAGUGGGCAGGUAUUACCAUAGGGUGAGUGGAGAGGUGUGGAGCAGGUGCAGGCCCAUUGGGGGCGGUGCAAGUGGGCAGGUGUGUGCCAUAGGGGUGGUGCAAGAGUGGGGCAGAUUGUACCAGAGGGGCUGUGGAGAGUGGGGCAGAUUGUGCCAUAGGGGCAGUGGGGAGUAGAACGAACAUGCUGUAGUGACUUUAAUCACAUCGCAGGAUAAAUCGACAUAAUGAAUUAUGGAGCAUUGAGCUGAUUGUAAAUUGUAGAUACAUAAUAUUCAUCAUCCAAGUCAAUGAUUGCCAUUACUGUCUGUUACUGUAUCUCUUAUAUGCAGGUUAAUAAAAAGUUCACAUCUCACACACUGACUGGGAUUGGAGGCAAAGUUCUGAAAUUGCAACCUUUCCUCUCCCCACUCUGACACCCUGUGCCAACUAACUGCUAUUUCUGGAACUCGUUAGAUGUUAUUUACUAAAUAAUGACUUCAUUAACGACUUGCAAAAUUAAGAACAAAAAAAAGUUGUUAAAAAAUCUUAUAUUUAUGUUUGUUUUCUUAUUUUUCUAUAUUUUUGUCUAUACCUCCCUGCCCGCACUCGGUGUGGGUUCAGUAGGAUGCCAUUAUCUACAUGGAAGGUGCAUCCUACAUCCUAGAUUAAACCAUUCAGUUUCAUGAAAACACCAGAUUAAAAAAAGAUAUUUAUGAGAAAUUUAUCCUUUAAUAAUAAUAAUAAGGUUAACGUGCUAAGAAUUCAGCCAAUCUCCACUCCCUCCCACCCCCCCCAAACACAAACACAGAGCAAAUCAAUGAGCCUGGCACAUACAAAACCAAUCUGCGCUUUUGGGUUAUUCUCCAAACCGGUGGUCCCAUCUCAUUGGGGUUCCAUCCUCCCUAUAUCUGGGGACUUUUCCCACAAACUGCUUGAUUAAGAAAAGUGCCUUGGAACGCGUAGGACCCUGGCUGAGAGUCGGAGAUAUAUUGACACCUUAGCAUUUAUUCCUUCGCAAAAUUAGAGAUGUUUAGCAGCUCGUCCAUGUCUCUACCAAGCCCUGUUAAUGCGAGACAUUUGCGGUUUGCAGUCUAGUGAAUAAAACUCUAAUUACCAAACUGUAUCACUCAACAUGCAAAGUCUGAGAUUUACGGUUUGUUCGUUUUUUAAAGGACUGUUUGUAUUUCAGUUCUAGAAGAAUUUUUUUUUUUUUUGUUGCACUUUUCAGAAUUGCCUGUAAACAAGGAAAUUACAUAUGUUUUUUCUCUCUAACAUAUACAGUACAAGAAUCACAAUAAUAAUGACAAUAAAACUGCUAUGUUUAGCACUGAUUGGCUUAGUUAACAUGCAGUGUUCACAACUAGUUUAUCUGUAUAAUCUUGGCAUGCGAUAGGAAUUUUAUAAUGUUUAUUUUUACAAUGUAUCUUGCUAUCAGACUUGCUAUUAAUAGAUUGGCGUAGUUUGCACAUUUCAUGUCACGGAGCAGGUAUAUCUGCCAAUAUUUUGGAGAGCUUCCUUUAUAUAGGAGGCUGGUGCUAGAGGUGCAACAAACUGGGUGAGGCUAUUGCAGAACAUUUUUGGAGACUGCAUGUGGUAAUUAUAGCGAUUUAUGUUGCCAGCACUCUGAUUAUUAUCUUUAUAAGAUUAUAUUAAUUUAGAGACAUUUUAGAGUCCACGGUCAGAGUAAGAAGCCUGUAUUUUACAUUCAAUCCCCGUCUAUUUUAAAAUAUUAUAUAUCCACUGACAGCAGUUCUGGCAGUGUCUAUGUUUUUUAAAAUAUCUGCCUUUAUCAGAAAGAAGCAAAAAUGAAUGUAACCCUUUCUUCCCCAGGAUAGGCCCUAAUCCUAGAUUAAACCAUUCAGUUUCAUGAAAACGCCAGAUUAAAAAAAGAUAUUUAUGAGAAAUUUAUCCUUUAAUAAUAAUAAUAAGGUUAACGUGCUAAGAAUUCAGACUAGGAAUGGUUCCUUUAAAUAAUGUCGUAUUAUAAAAUAGCAUGGCGGGUACUGUAGCUAGACCCUGCUGGCAGAGCAAUAUAAAGUGUCGUUUCAAUUGUAACUUAAUUUACAGAUUUCCAAAGAUUGCGCCAAUCAGAAGGACGGGAAUUAGGGAGAUCCAACGCUCUAUGUUCGGAAAUGGUACCGAACAUGAUGAUGGGUGUAACUCACCCUCCUGAAACAGUGAAUGGGGACUUGGCCCCAGGUGUGUCUGGACUUCAUUUAUUAAUUUAAUAAUAACAUCAUGUGAACAUACCAACGUUUCACAUGGACAAAGUGGGACACUUUUAAGUUAGGGGUGUGAGUGGUGGUGUGACCAGGGGCGGGACUGUUUAGAGAAAUUUUAUGUGACUUACUAAUAACAAUUUAUGCUACUUAAAUGAAAUUAAGAACAAUGUAUCUUAUUUACACAGGCUGAUUUCUAAACACAUGUAUUGUACUUUAAAGACACAUUACUGGGAGUAUUAUUGCUGUGGAGCUCUGUUAUACACUCAGACACAUUACUGGGAGUAUUAUUGCUGUGGAGCUCUGUUAUACACUCAGACACAUUACUGGGAGUAUUAUUACUGUGGAGCUCUGUUAUACACUCAGACACAUUACUGGGAGUAUUAUUACUGUGGAGCUCUGUUAUACACUCAGACACAUUACUGGAGUAUUAUUGCUGUGGAGCUCUGUUAUACACUCAGACACAUUACUGGGAGUAUUAUUGCUGUGGAGCUCUGUUAUACACUCAGACACAUUACUGGGAGUAUUAUUGCUGUGGAGCUCUGUUAUACACUCAGACACAUUACUGGGAGUAUUAUUGCUGUGGAGCUCUGUUAUACACUCAGACAUUACUGGGAGUAUUAUUGCUGUGGAGCUCUGUUAUACACUCAGACACAUUACUGGGAGUAUUAUUGCUGUGGAGCUCUGUUAUACACUCAGACACAUUACUGGGGUAUUAUUGCUGUGGAGCUCUGUUAUACACUCAGACACAUUACUGGGAGUAUUAUUGCUGUGGAGCUCUGUUAUACAUCAGACACAUUACUGGGAGUAUUAUGGCUGUGGAGCUCUGUUAUACAUCAGACACAUUACUGGGAGUAUUAUUGCUGUGGAGUUCUGUUAUACACUCAGACACAGUACUGGGAGUAUUAUUGCUGUGGAGCUCUGUUAUACACUCAGACACAUUACUGGGAGUAUUAUUGCUGUGGGGCUCCUGUUAUACACUCAGACACAUUACUGGGAGUAUUAUUGCUGUGAGCUCUGUUAUACACUCAGACACAUUACUGGGAGUAUUAUUGCUGUGAGCUCUGUUAUACACUCAGACACAUUACUGGGAGUAUUAUUGCUGUGGAGCUCUGUUAUACACUCAGACACAUUACUGGGAGUAUUAUUGCUGUGGAGCUCUGUUAUACACUCAGACACACCAACAAUAUGGAGCUCCUAGAAAUGAGGGACAUUAGGACAGAAAAGAGGGACAGAGUUUGGGUCCAAUAUAGGCACUGUCCCUCCUACAUAGGGACACUAGGUAUGCGUGAAUAAAAUGUGAAUUUGAAGGUUGUUGCAUAAAUAUCACACACAUUGGUUUGGUGGAAUUUAAAGGGGAGCCAAUAACAGCUUUUAAAAAAGAAGUCUUUCUUUAUUUGCUAUUCAACCCUUUAUUCCAGCACUGGGAGAGUCUCCUCACGGCAAGCAUAUCUUAAUUAUGUUAGCAAUCUGAUGACUUUUGUCACAUCGGAUGCUUCUCUUUAAACUAGCUCUGUGCUGCAGUCUUUCUCCAUGCGGAGCACUGUGCUGCAGUCUUUCUCCUUGCAGAGCACUGUGCUGCAGUCUUUCUCCAUGCGGAGCUCUAUGCUGCAGUCUUUCUCUAUGCGGAGCUCUGUUUUGCAGUCUUUCUCUGUGCGGAGCUCUGUGCUGCUGUCUUUCUCCGUGCGGAGCUCUGUGCUGCUAUCUUUCUCCUUGCAGAGCACUGUGCUGCAGUCUUUCUCCAUGCGGAGCUCUAUGCUGCAGUCUUUCUCUAUGCGGAGCUCUGUUUUGCAGUCUUUCUCUGUGCGGAGCUCUGUGCUGCUGUCUUUCUCCGUGCGGAGCUCUGUGCUGCUAUCUUUCUCCAUGCGGAGCAUUGUGCUGCAGUCUUUCUCCGUGCGGAGCUCUGUGCUGCAGUCUUUCUCCGUGCGGAGCACUGUGCUGCAGUCUUUCUUCAUCCGGAGCUCUGUGCUGCAGUCUUUCUCCAUGCAGAGCACUGUGCUGCAGUCUUUCUCCAUCCGGAGCUCUGUGCUGCAGUCUUUCUCCUUGCAGAGCACUGUGCUGCAGUCUUUCUCCAUGCGGAGCUCUCUGCUGCAGUCUUUCUCCUUGCAGAGCACUGUGCUGUGGUCUUUCUCCUUGCAGAGCACUAUGCUGCGGUCUUUCUCCAUGCGGAGCUCUGUGCUGCAGUCUUUCUCCUUGCAGAGCACUGUGCUGCGGCCUUUCUCCUUGCAGAGCACUGUGCUGCGGUCUUCCUUCAUUCAGAACUUUGCGUAGUCUCUCUCUUUACUGCAGAGCCCUGCUGUCUUCAAACCCAUGCGCUGCUUCAUUCCCUUCUGCAGUUUUGAUAUCUGCAUAUCUCCACCCACAACUCCUUGCUAAUUUGCACAUCUCUACCUGCAACCUAUUCAUUAAUUUAGUUUUUCCCGCCCACUAUUCUAUCACCUAUCUGCAUAUUGUCACCCAUGAUGCAGUUAUAGGGAAACUAUGGUACAAACAUGUAUUCCCAGCACUUUAGUACCCUAUACUACAGCACCCCCUCGCUCGCAGGCCCCCUCAUGUAAUUUACCUAAAUCCAGCUCUGAUGUCCCUCAGCGCUGGGUCAGGAUCUGCCUUCACUUCUCCGUUGACGUUGGCCCGCAUGGACGACCUAAUACGCAUGUGCGGUGAGCGACGUGCUCGAAUUAGAAACACCCCAUAGGAUAGCAUUGUAUCAAGCAAAGCGGGAGGAUGUCCAGCAUCAGUUAGGUGACCCGGAAUUAUUGUAAUAACUGCAAUAAUUACAAUUGCAGGGUUAGGAGGACAGGGGGGCACGGCAUCCAGACCACUUCAUUGAGUGUUUGUAUUGAUGUGCACAGAGUUUGUGAAAGUGCAAAUAGGAUACAGAUAGUCACUGCAGGAUUAUUUAUUCAUCUCCCCCAUACCUGCAGAAAUGUAAAGGUUAACAUUUUAAAUAUCACUGCUUCUAUAAAUUGCAAAUAGGAUAGAUAUAGUCACUGCCAGUAAAUUUAUUUUGUGUCCCCCAUACCUGCAGAAAUGUAAAGGUUAACAUUUUAAAUAUCAUUGCUUCUAGAAAGGUCUCAUCAACUUAUCUGACAGAAGGUGGUGAUGGUGAAGGAGAAGAAUAGACAUUUCUUCUGCAUGAGUCAACAAUUAAUACACGUCCCUGGAACACUAAGCUUACUCUACGCCCUGACAUUUAACCCUGCGAGAGCACAGGAUGGGAGCCAUUGCACAGAUACACUACACAUUGUUUGACCAGAAACACAGAUCCUUCUAAUCUCUGUAGGGUUAUUAAAGCCAUGCACAGCACUGUGCUCUCUGUGUGUGUUACGUUAUUUAAAUGUUGCAGACUAUAGAUUCCGUAACUUGCUACAAGAGUGUGGAUGUCACUAGCCCACUGUGGCAGCAAUAUCUCCUGUGCCUGUGUCACCCAUUGUGCUUGCAUCCUUACUUAUCCCAGUCUGCUAUAAACCUGUAAAGCACUCCGUAUCUGCGCGAUCUCCUCGCUAUUUGGCGUCUAUCCUGAGGGUGCAGCAGCUUCUGUACACUAGUGAUUUUCAUUCUUUUUUUUUUCAUUAAGAAGAUUUAACUGACUGUUCCCACUUUCACCUAUUUUUUACGCAAAAUGAUUGCGUUUGCGAAUAGAUAAUGUGCUGUUUCAUAAAGAGUGGCACGCACUACGCAUUAGCCAGCGCGUUUCACCCUUACAUCUGCAUUGUCUAUUCUUUCUGAUAUCUCAGUUUAUUUGAUUUAUUAUUAUUUAUCUAUUAAUUUAAAGGUUGCUAGUUUUUAAGAGCAAGAAAAGAAACAAAAUCGCUUGGACAGAGUCAUAACCAGAAGUAAAACCUAUGAUUUAUAUCUACACUAGUAGGUGUGUGCAUUGCAAAUAGCAAACAUUGUCAGUCAUAGCGAUCUAAGUACAGACUGGGCCAUGUGAGAAAAUUAAGGUAGGGUUUGUUUUCUUUGCAGUUUAGAAACGCAGCUUUUCCCGUCAGUAAAGUGUAGGUCAUUAACUACAUUCCAUUUAUGAACAUAGUGUUCCCAUGGAUUCUGACAACCUAUUGCUCCAGAUAGAAUCAGCGGUGUACCUAAGAGCCAAAGACGAAAUUGUCUUCCCCUUUGUAUACCUACAGCCGCUAAAUCUUUUUUGCAUGUUUUUACCCUCUGACCCGAUUGCGUGUCUCGACACCCCCAUCUAUCUUCUUGUGCCACGCCACAGCCCACAUCUGCUGUGAUUGAAUUGGACUGAGCGUGGUGUUAGGGUGCUAAAUGAGGCAAGAUGUGAAGCUAGGUUUUGUGUCGAACACCAGUAACACCAGCUCAGAUAACGCUUUACUGUGCUGCAAUCUAGUGACAAUGAGGAGAGGGGUAGCAUGCAGCAGUCCCUCCUUAAUUCGUUACUGUACAGAACAUGCUGAAUUCAGAGCUAUUUAUUAUUUAUCCCCAAAUAAUGACAGACAACGUAGGAUGGAUGAAACAGGCCACGGCAUUUAUUAUAACAUAUGAUAAAAUACUGCAUAACAUAUCCAUAAUUUAUGUUAAACAUUAUCUUUUAUUAAUAUAAACAAAACGUCAAACAUAAAUAACUGUAACUUAGCAAACAGCUUAACACAUAGUGUCAUACAGUAUAACCCAACAGUCCUCGCCAAUAUACUGACCAUGAGCCUAUGCACCACGUAAUCUCACCUCCCCUCUCGACCGUUAAUUUAUUUUCCUUCCAAUGUUUAACACCAGCCAACCUUUACCUCUCUCGGUGGGCACGUCAAAACAGGUAACCUAAAAUUAACCCUUUAAAGCAGGGGAGCAUUGGGAAUGAUGACCACAUAAUUCCACAUAUUGACAUAGCCCCCCAAAACUGAAUUGGCAAGGACACACCCCCUGGCUAGCUGUGAAUACAUAACAAUGGGGCGGGCGGGAGGGAAGCUGUUUGCUGGCCUGAAUCCCAAAUGGCACUGAGGUAAGACCAUCCCACCAAACUGUCACUAGUCUAAUACUAUCCUUACCUUUUGUGUCACUAUACCCCACUCCCUCUAGCAUGUAAGCUCAUUGAGUAGGUCCCACAACCCCUCUGUUCCUGUGUGUCCAACUUGUCUGGUUACAACUACAUGUUCAUCCACCCACUGUAAAGCGCUGCGGAAUUUGAUGGAGCUAUAUAAAUAACAUAAUAAUAACAAUAACAUAAUCCCACCUACACAUACAUACACAACCAAUCACACGCAUCCAUCCCCACACUCAUACAUGUGCCCUUGUCCGCUUAGCUGCGCUAUCUCCCCAGGGCCUUAUCCCUUUAGUGUAAAAGAUAUCGGGGGGUUUGGUUAAUUGCCCCCUCGAGUGUGAGCUGCUGUGUUCCCUGAGUAUUCUACAGACAGCAGUUGGUCUGUGUAACUGUUUGGAUCAGUGGCAGCAGCCUGAUCCGCGCUGAUAAGAGGAGGCACGUAGUCUCUCUCACUGAUAGUAUAUAAAGGCUGGGAUGGAUACAUGGAUCUUAGAACUUUAGAAAGUAAUAGAUAAUAUAUUCUAUGACGUAUCAAACACUUGUCUUCAUAGUUCCACCUAACUGGUAAAUAUAAUCACUUGAAUAUAUUAUUAUAUGUAAAUCCUGAGUGUUUUUCCACUUGUGUCUUAACACCUGGACUUUGUUAUAUAAUGACACUUACAGUGAGGUAAUAACCCUGCCCAGGGGGUGGAAUUCCAUGUAUGAAACUGGCUGGGAACUAAUAUCUAGGACAUCCUGAGUGCAGAAUGUUUAGCAAGGUGAGUCUCUCAUACCUGCAGGUUAACGACUAAGAGCUGCAGGGCCUCUUACAGACUGCUAUCUGUAUUUUAUUCCAUCAGAUCAAUGUUAUAACAUUUUAACGGCUAUAGUUCAGAAGCAGGAAUUCUGUGAUACGGUUACCUUGUAUUCACUGGAAUUUUUAUAUAUAGAAUAAAGUGAAUUCGCAUCCUGAACCUGGGAUCAAUACAUCCUGAACAUCUACCACAAUGUAUCUCUUCACCUUACACGGGGAAAAAAAGUUAAGUAAAUUUAAAAAAUAACUGCCAACUGUCCCAGAUUUCAAAGGACAGUCCUUAAUUUGGGUUUUGUGUUCGAUUGUACCAUUUUGCAGGUAGCUGUUACAAUUCGAACCCAGACUCUGUACUGAAUACUAGAGAUUAAAGGGCUGAAAGAUUUGACACUCGACGUGAGAUGUCCACAGGUUAGAUGCCCCCCAGCUCUGACUGUAUGUAUAUUCUUUGAUGUGCUUUUAAUUGGUAAUUCAUAUUGGUGACAUUGUAGCAUGUUUUGGUAUCAUUAUUGCAAUUUGGGUUAUUUACUAAAGAGUAGCAUUGAGGUCCAUGGAGGAUCCAGGACUGGGUUGGGAACCGCUGGUCUAGAAGUGUCAGGAAAUAUACUGAGACAAAGUUUCAAUCCUGACUGGUUUGGAAUUUCAAUGAGAUACCAACACAGUCACUGUGAGUAUUUUAUAAAGUAGACAUUUUUAAAUGGUAGUGCCGCUUUAAGUGAGUAACCCUGCUGGGCUAAAAUAGGGGUUGGCUGGGGAGAAGAACUUUUUGAAAUCGGCUAUUAUUGCGUUCAGUGCAAUCCACUGCUGUGAAGAAAAUCCAGUGUUUUUCUAAUUUCUAUUUAAUUUUCCCUUAGCCAUUUGCUUCUCAAUAAAUACCUACAGAAUACAUGUGAUGUGACAGUUAAGCAGAAAUUCUUUGAAACUUUUAAUAAUGAAGAUAACUUGAUAUGUAGAGAUCAUUUUUAAUUAGCGAUGAUAGAUCUCCUGCAAACUGCACAGAUUAAUUGUUCAGCUCCAAUUAGACAUUACAGUGUCGUGGUGAAAUCCCAGCCAGAUGUUUAGAUCCAAAAGAUCAGUUUGUCCUGCAUGAUGGCCGCUGCAGUGAAUGCGAGGGGGCAACCCGCCCUCCCCCAAAAAUGACGUAAGCACUAACCAAAGUCAGGAUGCAGUUAAUACAAAGUAUUUUUAGAUUCUGAACGCAACAUUUAAUUUGAUAAAAAUAUUAUGGUUUGAAUGUAUAAAUUCAGUAAUAAGAUCCAAAUACAGCUUACCCAGGGAUCUCGGUUAAUCAUUCUUUAAAAUGUGCAGUGCAGUAAAUAACCGGUAUAUCUUCUCUUACAGUAAAUAACACUUUUCUUUUCUCUAUGUGAAAUCUCAGCUUUUCAGACUUUGCACUCUCUCUCUGCAGUGGCCGUAUCCCACGCUCUUUGUGUUUCUAGGAAGCUUUAACUGAUUUAAUCCUUUCACAUUUGGAAGACACUUUCCUAGAGUAAUCACACCUAAUCCUUUUGUCAUCACUAAGAUUCGUGUUGUUUGGUUACUUAGUGAGUCAGGUGCCGUACAAAACUGGUGAAUGCCUGUAUGUAAUUGCUAGAAGAAUGUUUGAACUUGAUUUAUUUUUUACAAAGUGUAGCAGCUUUUGAGUUGACACAGUUGACUCUUCAUUGAAUAAACUAACCAGUGCAGUCUGGUCUCAAGUCUCCUGUUAAAGGGACACUAUAGUCACCAGAACAACUACAGCUUAUUGAAUUUGUUCUGGUGAGUAGAAGCAUUACCUUCAGGCUUUUUGCAGUAAAUACUGUCUUUUCAGAGAAAAUGCAGUGUUUACAUUACAGCCUAGUGAUAACUUCACUGGCCACUCCUCAGAUGGCUGUUAGAGAUCCUUCCUGGGUCAUGGCUGCCUAAAAUGCAUCCAAACAUUCCGUAUCUCCUCCCUCUGCAUGUAGACACUGAACUUUCCUCAUAGAGAUUAAUUGAUUCAAUUCAUCUCUAUGAGGAGAUGCUGAUUGGCCAGGGCUGUGUUUGAAUCAUGCUGACUCUGCCCCUGAUCUGCCUCUUUCUCAGUCUCAGCCAGUCCUAUGGGGAAGCACUGUGAUUGGAUCAGGCCACCACUUCUGAUGAUGUCAGCAGACUGCUUAUUUUUCUGAGACAAACAGCAUGCAGAUCUACAGCUUCAGGCUUGAAUACAGUAAGAUUUUGCUAUAUUUAUGGAGGCAUGAGGGGCCCAGGGAGGCUAGAUGGUGGUUUUAACACUAUAGGGUCAGGAAAACAUGUUUGUGUUCCGCACCCUAUAGUGAUCCUUUAAUUCUUGGUUUUAGACAUUAUCGAAGCUGAUUUCUGUUUGACACAUACUCAGAUCACACUCACUCAUCCCUACCUGUCUCUGUAUUUUUGUCUCAUAUUCUUGUUUUUCAUUUUGUCUUAUGAAUGUAUUCUAAAUUGGUGAAUGAAAUUCUGCCUAGGUAUUGAUACUUUUAUAAUGUUCUGAAGCCACAGCUGACAAUAGAAUUCUGAUAAACAGUGCCUGUCAUUAAUGCAUUCCUAGUCUUGGAAACUGCUCUCCCAAAAUUACCAGCUUAUUCUUUACAAAUACACAUAUGGAGGUGUUUGACCAUUUUUUUAAAUUUCAGUGACUCACUUACUGUAUACUCGAAAACCAAUGUCCGAUGUUAAUUCGUUUUGUGUUAAUAUUUGUAGAAACUAACUUUUAAAACAAAGGAAAACGUAUUAAUUAAUAAAAUAACUGGGACAUUAAACAUUUUUUUUUCUAUUUUUCUCACCCAGGCCUCACUUGAACUGAACCUAAGCAUAGCGGGCCAUUUGUGAGAUUGUCCGUUCUCCAAGACCCCGUUCGUUUAGUUCAGGCAAGGAUGGCUGCAAGCUGGAAGGCAGAUCCAGAACUCAUGGAUCUGGAGGAAGAGGAAUUAUGGGAGAUGAUAAACCGACACAGGUGUAAAAUUGUUUCAAGAUUACAUCCAGAACGGCUUACUCCAUAUUUGCGCCAAAUCAAAGUGCUAGAUGCAUUGGACGAAGAAGAAAUUCUGCAUUCGGUCAGGUUGUCAACUAGACCAAUGAGACAAGGUGAGUUUGGGUCUGUAAUCUGCAUGCGCAGAGAUGUCAAUUCUCCAUGCCUUCUGUUUUCAUACAAUGGAUUCCCAUUAUAUUCAGAUUUUGUCCGGGAAGCUGACGCAGGGUAUCUGACAAACCAUUAGUUUGUGGGAGACUUUCACAAAACCCAGUUCUAGAGCUUCAACUAUUAACCCCUUAAGGACACAUGACGUGUGACAUGUCAUGAAUCCCUUUUAUUCCAAAAGUUUGGUCCUUAAGGGGUUAAAGGAGAAUGUUAUAAAAGUAUUAGAACUACAAAAAAUGGGGAAAUUCAAAGAAAUCAGCAGGUAUAUACAUUGGUUUUCAGAUGGAUAACUCCACAUUUUCGAUAUAUGACAUUUUUAUAAAUCUCCCCAAUAUGUCUGUAGGGUACACUUCCUGCUCAGGUACUUUGUUACCUGUUCAAUAUUCCGCCCAGGUGGAGACAUUAUGAACAUUCUGUCAGGUCCGCAGUGUGGGUCUCUGCCUGAACACUGUUAUUGUACCUGUUCUGUGUCAGUGUCCUUGAUUAAGGAGGAAUGCAGAUAUGACAACUGCACAUGGAUUAUCAAUGUAUACAGAAGGACUAAUUUAUUAAAGUUUUAAUUUAAACUGGGUCUACGGGGUGUGUAUCCUCCUUGGUAUGACAGCCCCUAGAGGUGGAUUUAAACCUUCAAUGUAAACAUUGCAAUAAAAAAAAAAAAAAAUGACAUCGUAGGGUUAGAAGGACAUGACCACUGCACAAGCUGUUUUAAAAUAUAUCUCCAAUAAAAAAAAAUGCAUUUCUUCAAUGCCAUUUGGGUGUAGAUUUACUAACCAGUGGUGUUUAUAUUUUUAAUUAUUGGGGCAAUGGAGGGUCUCUUUAAGCAUUUUUUAUGGCAUCCCCGUUUGAGGGCUGUACUGCCAGAUUCAGGACUGUUGGCAGGUAUGAUUGUAAGCACUCAGUGUAUGCAGUAUCACAGUGUUAAUGUCGGACACAUUGCUGGAUGCUCUCUGUAGACUGGUGAUAGGACUUGGCAGGAAAUCGCAGAAUCAGGGAUUCACAAGGAGCUCUCAAGCUGUUAUUAUAAUAGGUUUGGCUGAGAAUACGACAUAGCUGUCAAUGAACACUUGACCUGAAUUUGUCUCUGCAUCACACAAUGAUAAAGGUAAUCAGAGCUGUACUCAGCAAACCUGAUAAUGCUGAUGGGGAUUUCCGCGUAAAGCGAUAGGGAAUUAUAUUCCAGGGCAGUUAUCCACUAUCAGCAUUUAAUAAACUUUAAUAUGCAAAUCUGGCUGCUUUCACCCAUAGCUGGCAAUCAGGAAAUGUACACAGGACUUUCUAUUUCAGGGUGAUUUGCCAAAUUGAGAACUCUUGGACAUUCAUAAAGCAUUUCAGAUUUAGGGACAAAGUUCCCCCCACAGUCAGCUAUGCUUCUAAUUUGCCUACUUUGACCCUAAGUUUGAAAUUCACAUCGAGUCAUUCUCAAUUAAUUCACCUUUUUUGUAUAAUUUGAUAUGUAUGGAAGAGGAACUUUAAACAACUAUAAAUUGAAAUUUUAUUUUAAUAAUGGCUUCUACACAAUUGUGUGUAUUUUCCCUUAAUACGUAUUUUCCUUUAAAACCGUUUCUCACGGUUUGAAAACAGAUAAAUCCUUUUACUCACAUUUGGACAGAUUUAUGUAAAAUAUUAGGAAAGGCUUCUUCAAGAAGAGGAAAUACGAAUGAUGAAAAAAGAGAACAAAGUAAUAUAUUUAUACACAAGUUAGCAUUACAUAAAAUAUGGAUAAAUUCACAGGAAAAAGUCCCAAACAAGGCGGCAUGUCCGCCAUGUUUUUCUGGACACAUUUAUUCAUGGUGAAUUCUUCAAUGAUUCCUGAAAUCAAGGGGUCAAAAUGAUGGUCUAUUUUUUAAUGCGUUAUAUAGAUUAUGUAUUAAAAGCAAUAUUAAAGGUUACUCCAAACACCAUGACCACUUCAGUGAUUUGAAGUUGUCAUGGUGUCUGGAGUUUAACCCCCUGUGCUGCGAGAGGUGUGACUCCACCAAUGUCAGCUUCAAUGGGGCGUCAUUAACCAGCCCAGAGCAGGAGUUCCAGACUAGAUAAUAUACAUUAUGUGAAAUUCUCCUGCACAGAGUGUCAGUCAUUGGCUGCGAGGGGUCAGCUGAUGCGUUCAGCCAAUGGAUGAAGAUUGGCGUCCGGCUUCUGCAGCUCUGCAAGAGUCACAUGUUGUAACCUGCCUACAAUGGAGACCAAAAUAUGAGGAAAAACCUCUGCAAGACAGCUUCCCCCAUUAUUGGGAAAUAAGGACAGUAUACUCCUUACACCAUAACCACUACAGUGGGCUGUACAGAAGGCUGUAGUAGUUAUGAUGGUUGGAGCAACCUUUUAAAAAAAUGAAAAUAAUACCCUCAAUGAUCCUGUAAUUUCACAGUUUGGAGGGUCUGCCUAUACCGACCCCUUCAUCACCAGGAAGGCAUGGUCUGUUCUUGCCCCGUAAACCCCACGCCAGUAUUUUACAUACUGCAGGCCAUCAGUUUGAUUGGGAAUCUUUAUUUCCAAACAUUGUGAUCUUUUGUCAAUAAUCCACACUAGCAUUGUCAGCCUUUACACCAGCUAACUUUCCAAGCAACCAGAAUAUGGCUGAGGAUUAUGUGAGUUUUUGUUAAGGCUGGGGAGCUGCCUGUUUUCUUGUUUUGAUGUCCGCCUUUCUUCUGACCUGCUCUUUUCUUGGCAGGAUAUCUCCUGGACCUGCUUCGUACUCGGGGGAAGAAUGGCGCUGUGGCGUUCCUGGAGAGCCUGCUCCUGGUGAACCCCAGGAUGUACACCCUCAUUACAGGAAAGGAAGCUUCCAUCGCCCCCAACAGCUUCAGCAGUAAGAUCUGAAGGCACUCUCCUAUGUGAAUGCAACCAAUAACAUAAUACAGCAGCAGGACUUGGUGACAAUAAGAGAUCUGUCUGUACUUGGUGACAAUAUAAGAUGUAGUGGGACUUGGUGACAAUAUGAGAAGUAGCGGGACUUGGUGACAAUAUGAGAUGUAAUGGGACAUGAUGAAAAUAUUAGCUGUAGAGGGACAUGGAUACAAUAUAAAAUGUAAUGGGACUUGGUGACAAUAUGAGAAGUAGGAGGACAUGGUGACAGUAUGAGAUGUAGGAGGACUUGGUGACAGUGAGAUGUAACGGAACAUGAUGAUAAUAUUAGAUGUAGUGAGACAUGAUGACAAUAUGAGUUGUUGCGGUACAUGGUGACAGUAUGAGAUGUUGCGGUACAUGGUGACAAUAUGAGUUGUUGCGGUACAUGGUGACAGUAUGAGAUGUAGGAGGACAUGGUGACAAUAUGAGAUGUAGCGGUACAUGGUGACAGUAUGAGAUGUAAUGGGACUUUGUGACAGUAUGAGUUGUAGGAGGACAUGGUGACAAUAUGAGAUGUAAUGGGACUUGUCCAUCUUUCCAUGAUGGUGCUUUAUCUCGUGUCUUCAGAGCCCUAGUGGAGAAUAACACAUUGGAAAUUUUUUGCCCGUGUUGACCUUGUUCUUUCUCCGCAGGACUGAUAGACAGCGGCCAGUUUAAUGUGUUCCUGUUGAGCUCAAUGAGCAGCUUGCACGAGGAAUUAACGAAGGAGAAACAGCUGAAGGAUUCCUUACUGUAUCACCUGCGCAAGUUAUGGGACAGGUUUAAACAUCUGGAGACGGAAUGCAAGUCUCUACGCAACAUGGAGACAGAGAACCAUCGACUCCACAAGGAAAUGGACGAACAAAGCCAGGCACUGAGCAAAUUAAAGGAUGUACAGUAUGAUCUGUCCAUGAGCUACUCGCUGGCACUACAGGAGAAAGACACCAUGCAGACCAGGAGCAAUGAAGUCCAAGAACAGGUUAGCUGGUGGAACAGAGAGCGUGUUGGUCCACAAUGUGGCCCCUGGGCUAAACCUGGGAACAAUGAAACUCGAGGAACAGGUCAAACAGCAAGAAUUAAGUGAGAUUUUUAUGUCCCAAAUAUGACGCGUAAUCUUAACCUGAGAAUCAUGAACUGCUGGAAAUAUCCAUCCAGUUGUGUGUUUGAAAGGUUUCAUAUUAGUAAGCACAAGGAUAUAUUUGGAAUUUCUUUUUUUUAUUUUGGGUCAUUCAGAAGAUAUUUUCUCCAGUAUUUUCCCUAAAUAUGCAUGUAUUUGAAGUGUCGCAUUAUACUUAUAAUAUAAUGGUUACAGCUAAAAUUCAGCCGUUUUCUACUUCUGUGAAAGUGCCUACCUAAAAUGUAACAUUUAUUGAAAACAGAUAAAGUAUGACCUUUCCUCUGUAAGGAGAAGGUAAAAAAGGUUAUACUAAACAACUUAAAAAACUAAGCAUUUUGUGUGCAAUGCCGCAAUUAGCAAAUGAACACUCUAGGAGUCAGUUUAGUAAAGGAAUGAUAAACCCAUGUUAAAAACAUAGCCGCAUCCGCUCUUUCGUACGCAAGAUGCUAUCAAGGAGCUUGUCCAUGCUCUAGUAAUUUCCCGCAUGGUUUAUUGUAACCCUCUCCUAAUUGGUCUUCCCAAAAACCGUAUUGCCCCGCUACAGUCUGUAAUGAAUGCUGCCGCCAGACUCAUUUUUCUCUCUAGUCAGUUCUCUCACACCUCAGUCAGUCCUUACAUUGGCUUCCUGUAUCCUAUAGGAGUCAAUUCAAAGUGCUAACCCAUACAUUUAAAGCACUGAACAAUUCUAGCCCCUCUUAUAUCUCUUCACAGAUCCAUAGGUAUGCCCCUUCUCGGUCUCUCCGCUCUGCCUGUGACCUUCUCCUGUCCGCUGCUCGCACUUGUACGGCCAACUCACACUUGCAGGACUUCUUACGGACAGCUCCCUUCCUAUAGAAUAGCCUGCCUACCGCCAUCAGACUCUCCCCUAGUCUUAAAUCGUUUAAGAAGUGCCUUAAAACCCAUCUCUUUAGGAAAGCUUAUGGCCUCCCAGAGAAACCUCUACCUCACACACCUGUCUCUUGCUCUCUCCUAAAGGGCAGCACUCUGCUCUCUCCUCCAGCUCUGCUUCACUCCCACCUUAUUUGAUUGCUAUUUCCUGUCCCUAUUUAUACCCCACCUAACACAGACUGUAAGCUCGUUUGAGCAGGGUCUUCGUCAACCUAUAAUUUCUGUAAGUUUUCUUGUAAUUGUCCUAUUUAAAUCCCCCCCUCAUAAUAUUGUAAAGCGCUACGGAAUCUGUUGGCGCUAUAUAAAGGGCAAUAAUAAUAACAAUAAUAAAAUUCUUGCUCCAACACUUUCUGCAGUGUUCCUUUAGAAAUCAGAAAAGGACACAACUCCCCAAUUCAGCUUUACUUUGUGCAUUUUGGUUUAUGCCGGCAGGGCUGCCAUCAGAAAUUUUGGGGCGCCUGACACAGCUCAAGAUCUGGGCCCCCUGUGCCUGCACCCGAGCCCGCCCAAAGUGCUGCCCCCCCCCCCGAGUCCGCCCACAGGGAUGCAGUGUCUGUACUGAUUCUGGUGUGUGUAUAGUGGAUGUAGAAUGUGUGUAGUGGAUGCAGAGUUCGUGUGUUAAGUGGAUGCGGUGUGUGUUUAACGGAUGCAGUGUGUAUAGUGGAUGCAGAUUGUACAUUUGUGUAGUGUAUGAGGUGUAUACUAGAUGCAGAGUGUGUGUUUGUGUAGUGGAUGUAGUGUGUGUUUAUAGUGAAUGCAGAGUGUGUAUGUGUGUUUGUGUAGUUGAUGUAGUGUUUGUGUGUAUUAAAUGCGAUGUGUAUAGUGAAUGCAGAGUGUGUUUUUGUGUAGUGGAUGUAGUGUGUGUGUAGUGGAUGUAGUGUUUAGUGAAUACAGUGUGUGGUUGCAAAGUGUGUCUUUGUAUAGUCGAUGUAGUGUGUGUAUAGUGACUACAUAGUGUGUGUUUGUGUAAGUAUUUAAUGUGUGUAUAGUGACUGCAGACUGUGUGUUUGUGUAGUGGAUGUAGUGUGUGUAGUGACUACAAAAUGUGUGUGUGUUUGUGUAGGUACUGCAGAGUGUGUGUUUGUCUAAGGAUGUAGUGUGUGUAAAUUUUAGUGAAUAUUGUGUGUAAAUGUUAGUGAGUAGUGUGUGUAAAUGUUAGUGUAUAGUGUGUGUAAAUGUUAGUGGAUAGUGUGUGUAAAUGUAUGGGGCUGCAAAAUGUGGGGGGGAAAGCCUACAGUUUUUUUUCCCAUCCAUUAAUUGUAUUGUUUUAUUCCCCCCUCCCUGUAUCUCACCUGUGGUCAUGGAGGGGGGAGAUCGCGUUGCUCGCAAGACUUCGACAGAGCAGAGCAUCUGGGCAGUAUAUUUCAAAUGUGCUGGGCCCCCUGCAGAAUACACGUAGCGGGGCGCCCGCAGUGCACACACAUAUAUAGCGUUAAUCGCUAUAUAUGUGUGCACAUAGCUAUUGUGGGCAGUGGCGUACACACAACCCAUGGGGCCCCGGUGCAAAAACUGAUCCGUAACCCCCCCACGCGCUUACUCUGCGCGGGUUGGGGCCGCAACACAUGGCUGCGACCCCUGCGACUGCGGUAUGAACGCCAGCGCAUGCAGAUACACUUAAAGGACCACUACAGACACCCAGAUCACAUCAGCUCAAUGAAGUGGUCUGGGUGCCAGGUCCCUCUAGUUUUAACCCUGCAGCUGAAAACAUAGCAGUUUCAGAGAAACUGCUAUGUUUCACUGAGGGUUAAUCCAGCCUCUAGUGGCUGUCUCACCUGCCACCCUGGUAUGUACGCCACUGAAUGUGGGGCCCGGGACGACCUGAGCAGUCCGGGCCCCCCAGGACCGCCGGGCCCAUGACAACCGUUGGUUGUCAUGCCCUGAUGGCGGCCCUGCAUGCAAAUACUGGCAUCCCAAAAUUUUAUGAAUUGCAAUUCAUUAGGUGUUCAGUCAACCUUAACAAAACAAAUUUUGUGAUUCACGUAAUUGAUCAUAAACAAGCCGUUAAUUAGGGCUGAUUAUACACAAUGUGUCGUGUAGUGCUAUUACUGCAACAGUGCAGUGUGUUGUAUAGUUAGAUCUAUAUUACUAUAUAGUGAGCCUUUAUCAGAUCUUGAUAUGAUGUUAAUUAUUCUGCCGUCAGUUAAUGGGCAAAGUGCUAGACUGCUACAGAGUUGGAAGGAAGUCAAACUCAUCUGGUGCAACAGAUAAUGAGUGUUUGUAUUUAAAACCUGUUUUGUAAUCAAACAUCUAUGAUUGCCCAUCCUUAAUGCAUAGCUAUCAUGCUUUACAUAGGUGUUCAGUAUGUGUCAGCGACUAAUACGGUAAUGGGUGUGCAGGGCUGGUAAUUAUGGGUAGAACACUGAUUUACGGGAACCUAUUUCCUGGAUUAAGCAUCCUGCUAAUUUAUGCAUGAUAAAAGCUUUCUCUUUGAUUUGUUAGUGUGUAUUCCAACAUUAUUUAAAUUCCCUCAAUGACUACCACUUUCCAAUUGCUUGUUCCCUCCCCCCUCGUUCCCCUUUCUUCAAUCCCUAUCUGUCGGAACACCGAGAAACCACAACAAUGAAUGUGUGGAGAGUAGAUAUUUGUCACUAAAUGUUGAUUUGUAGCGUCACACAAAUGCGCACAGAAUGUGCGUCAGUGUCAGAAUGAUGCCACGGAAUGAGCAUCAUAAUUCUGACACAACAGUGGUUCGUGAUAAAAGGACUAUACGGCAGUGCUAAGCUUUAGAAUUCAAGCCAGAAUGAUGGCAAAAUGGCAGUACAGCAUUGGAUGUAAUAUUUACUCCUGUCUGUCUGUAGGGCGACACAGUUCCAGCUCACUUGUUAUUAAGCAUAGUAAGACCGCCAUAGGUUCAUAGUUACUGAACUGGACAUACAGAGCUGUAAUAGCACAACGUGUAUUCUACAGCUUCUAGUAUCUGCGGUUUGGGAUUCUGCAAUGACAGACAAAACAGCUGUCUGAAAAUUAUGUAACAAAAAAACUCUUGCCCCUUUGCAGGUGUAUGCCAUGAAGGAAGAGCUUCAUCGAGUUCGGAUUGAGCUGCAGGCGGCUCAGAACUGGAGCACCACCACCCUGUGUGAAGAGGAGCUAUUUAUGCUGAGGAAGGAGAACCAAAAGCUGAGAGAAAUGCUGGAGAUUAAAGGACAGGGCAAGUUGGUGAGUAAGACAAACUGGAUCGCUGACACUCAUUCACAGUCCUGUGAGUCUGACCCAACUGAAUCUGAACGCACUGCAACACAAACAAAAGUAAAUUCAAUCCACCUUCUCAGCCUUUGAUCAAUUUCUAAUCCCCACAGCUGCAACUGGGUGAGAUGCAACAAGCAGAUUUAACUCCGGAAAAUGCUCAAAAACUGCUGAACCAGCUUAUUUGUGCCAGGGAGAAGAUUGCAUCUUCGGAGGCCUUAAAGAAGACGGUACGUGGUGGGUGAGAGGGUAAAAUGUAACAUUGAUAUUGAACGUGAUUGAUUGCCACCUCUGAAUGCCCAGGACGGAAGGUAAAACUUUAUUAAACAGUUAAUUAAUUGAAAAUAUUAUUUCAGUACAAUUUUUGGAUACAUAGUCACAAAUGCCAAUACAAUAUUUUUAUUACAAAAUCAUCUGUUCUAUGAGUACGUUUUAUUUCCAAAUUCUAAAAUUGUUUAUUUCGCAGUAGAUACUUGAAAGAAGAACUGAAACAUGCCGGUUGCAUGAGGAUUCAAACCCCUCAUUUUAAUAUUGGCACAGUUAGCUGUAAUAAGAGCUCUAAGUCUUUUGGGGGAAAGUAAGUGCCUACCAGCUUUGGGCAUUGUCUGAGAGCAAUGUUUGCGCAUGUAUCCUGGCAGAUUUGCUGCAGGUGGAAUAGGUUGCUUGUUUACUGCCAUUUUCAAAUAGUGCCAAGGAUUCUCUCAACGACCAAGAUCAGGACUUGAUGACUAUAGAACAUUAACUCUCAUUCUUGAUCCACUCCAAAGAGUUUUAUCCAGUGGAAAUGAAUUGUUAGCUAAUUGUAUAAUAAUUGUAUUGCCAUGAGCUUCCAGAGCAGAGGAGUUGAAUAUUUUUGCAAACUGCAUAUUUUAAUUAUAAUUUUUUUAACUUUAAUUCUUCUAACUAUUUUUCAUGUCAUAUUUUUUAUUUAAAGGGACACUGUACUAUAAUAAUUUAAUCUCAUUCAAGUGGUUAUAGUGUCUGGAGUCCUUGGCACUGUCCCUCCAUUCAGUGUAAUAUUGAAUGAAGUUCCUGUCCACACUGAGGUAUGGGUUAGCCGUACCGAUUGAUACAGCAAUGAGCGGCUGUGAUAGGUUUAAAGUGAUCAGCUGACACACCUCAGCCAAGCACUGCUUCCCAGUGCUGCGCAUGUUUUUGCUUCCUCUUAGCCCAAGCAGUGAAGAGGGGACGAGCUGACAGAGGCUCUCGUUUAGCAUUAAACCACAAAAUAAAACAAUGAAUGGAUGGACAGCACACUAUAACCACUCCAACCAUAUGAAGCAGUUACAUUGCCUACAUUACCCUUUUAAAUGUAAUUAUUUUUGAGUCUAAGUGUUAUUAGAUAAACAGGAAGAUUUAUAAAAGGUGAUUCCAUGGGUUCCUGCAGUGAUUGCCUUUCUUUUAGUACUUUAGACCACUUUUUCCUAUUUUUUUGCAAGCAGUUUUUUUUAUUGAGGAUAAGAAUAUUGAAAAGGGUAUGUUACAUCUCACAUCACUUUGGAAUUAGUAUGAUUACAAAGAAUGCAGAGCUUGAGGUUAACAUUUUAAACAUUCCCAAAACUGCCCCAUCCCCUCUAAACUUGCUCUUGUGGGAUAGUAAGUUAUCAAUGCUUAUAAUAGGUAGGUUGUAUACUUGUUAUAACAAAGCAUUUCAGAAAUAUCUAAACUUUGAGGAUCCCCUGGAAGCUCACUUCACGGCAAUCACACUAUUUGUUAUUAUGGCACUGUAGUCGAUGGCACAGGGGUAGAGGUGUAUGACAAAUUUCUAUUAAUAAAAUUCCAGACAAGUUUUAUUCUCUGAAAAACACUUUACCUUAGUGUGGACAACAACAAGUUAAACUAUGAAAUAACAUAGCUUCUGGCACAUUCAUAUAACAGAAGUGAGCGUUUCAUGCAAUAAACCCACCCCACGUAGAGCCCGGUUUGAGUCCCGUUAAGUAAUGUUUUCAGUGUUCAAGUUAGGAAUUAAAGCUGAAAAUUACUUGUCUUCAUGUUUACAGUGGCAGGAGGAGAAAGAGGCCAUUUUGAAAGAAAAAUGCCAUCUACAAACUGACAAUGAUAUGCUAAAGAAGAAAACCGACGCAUUUCACCACCAGGUUUCUGAACUGCAGAAGGAACGAGACCAGGUAUCUACCGAGGAUCGUGGGGCACGAUUGGCACACACAGCAUUUGUUACUGUGCAUCCGUUACACAAUGAUCUGCCAAUUUAACCUGUACACAUUUUAUAGCUUGCAUUUUCUGCCAGUGUUUUACAAAACCCCAAAUGUUACCAGUUAAACAAGCAGGGGCUAGUCUACUGCAUAAGGAUUUAAUAAGAAAAUGAAAUAGAAAACAGGGAGGCAAACUAUGGAGCCAAAUACUUUAUAGAUGCCUUCUUAAAAAACAAACAAACACAUGCCGCGAUAUAAAAAAAUGCAGUCUGGUGUCUCAGUACAUUUAUCUUGCUGUAAUAUCUCCUGAAAGCAACACUCAAAAUGAAUAAUAAAUAGUAAUAAUGUUUUAGAUUCAGGGAUUCCACUGAUUUAAACAACAAAGUAACAGUGAAAACAGAAAGCAUUUAAACUUAAUUUAAACAACAGCUGCUCCACCUCUAUUGAGACCAUCAACGCAGAAUAUCUUGGUCCAAUGGUUCAAUGGCCUCAAUGAAGCUUAGGGGACCCAUUGCACAUGCACAGCAAUUGCUGCACUCCUACAAUCCAAUGUUUCUAAUAGAGAAGCACUGAAUACAAUGCUUUGCUAUGAAAAGCUUUAGCAGCAGCUACACCAUCAUGCUGAGAGUGAUGGCUUCAAACAUGAAGACCUUCAAAAAUCAAGCAUUUUCAAGGAGGAAGUGCCUCUAGUGAUUGUCUGUCUGACAGCAACUAGCGACGUGGAUUGGGCAAAAUGCAAUCUUUGCCGUUCCUCUGAAAUGCAAUUUUUACAUUGUCAGGGAUAAAAAAACAGUGUCUGUGCAUUAAAAUCAAAUGGUUCAUCUUCAAUAAAAUUAAGUGGUUUUGGUAUUUAGAGGGUCCUUUAGUUAUAAACACGGCCUUACAUUUAAAUUGUAAUCUAUUUUUUUAGUUAGCAGUAAGAUACUUAAAACCACCAGUAGUUUAGCUCUUUACAAGCGUUGUCUCAUGGAUUAUCUGGCGAUUGGAAAUAAUGAACCUACAUGACCUGUAGUUUCUGUUGUGUCUGUCUAGGCCUACCAAGCCCGUGAUAUGGUUCAAGCUGAGAUAUCUUCAUUCCUGGCAGAAAAAGAUGGUCUGAGGCAGCAAGUCAUGGAACUAACUGACUCCAACUCUAAGCUCAGACUGCAAAUUCGGAGUCUGGAGGAACAACUGCAGACACAGAGGGUGAGAAUUGUAUACACCAUCCAUACAGACAUAUAUACAAACUUAAAUACCUCCGGAUAAACAAGUAUAAUUCUGAAGGAAACACAGAUUGCUUCUCCUGUCCUUUCUCUCCACUGACAAAACAUGAGAAUCCAGGCGAUUGGAUUCAGACCGAUGACGUAAAGCUAUUUUUGUAUGAUUGUAGCAACACUUGGAUCAAUGUAUUCAACCUAAUGUUUGUUUGACAAACAUACGUUAAUGUAACAUAGUAACAUAAAACAGAUAUCUAAAAGCCUGCUAAAUGGAUGUCGGUACUGGCUGCUUCCUCUUACUCAGAAACCCAGUCAUAGAUUGAGAUAUACACCUUGAAGUCCUACAUAUCCUGUUAUGUAACAUGUAGGCACUUCCCAGUAAAAAAUAAGAAAUCCCAUGUACAAGAAGGGUGGGCAGAGGCGACAGUAGGCGAAGUAUUGCAUCUGCCUAGACAACCUAUAUAAUUGUUUGUGUUCUAAAUAAUUUCAUGUUAAAACAGAAUGAUAUGCGAUCCGACCUGCAUGGUAACUUGCACAACUCCUGUCUAACAAUAAAAAUACACCGUCGUUGUCGAGCACGUUUUAUAGGUCCGUACAGUUACACACUCUCUUCGAUAGGACAUAUGCCAUGUGCAAAAUGACGUCAUGCUCUUACCCAAUUGUUAAAACGGUGUUUGCCAACGCCAGAAGAAAAUUAGAUAAUCUGGACUCACUAGUGACUGUGAAUUGUACUGACUAGAUUUUCAUCCCAAAUCUCUCCUUUCUGUGGUGCAGAUGAGAAGAAAUUGCAUGGACACUGAACAGAGAGAAAAAUGUCUAAAGUUCAAACACCAGAGACUGGUCCGAAUGGACGCCAUCUGCCCCUCCGAGGAGGCUGACCGGAUCUCAAACUGUAGCAUCGAGGUAUGUGAUCUUUUGCCAACAAGAACCCAGCUUUUAUCUGUCAUCAUGGUUAUCUUGGGAAAUUCUGGCUACUUCGAAGUGGGCUUUUCACAUUCAGACUCGACCUUAAUCAUUAGAUUAUUGUAUUGUUACAGCUUAUUGUAGUAUGACAUUUAAUUGUGCAAUUAGAGCAUACUGGUACAGGUAUUGUGUGUUUUAUAAACAGGUGGAUAUUAAUGUACUAUCGGAUAUAAAUAUAUAUUUUUUCUACUCUUCUUAAUUGUUUUUGUUUGACAAGAAAUGAUCUGACCUUGCAUUUUGUGUUUCAGCCUUGGCAAAUAAACAAUGACACCUGCUCCAGUUUGGGGGAGAAUAUCCUGCCCUGCAGCACUCCCAUUCAAGAAGGAUAUCAAAGUGCCUUCACCAAGAGGUAACUAAAGAUAUGGGAUUUGGAACCUACACCUCCAACCCUGUGUCUGAAGGGGCUCGUUCACUAGUCUGCCAGGUUUCAGGGCUACUAUUUUGUAUUGAAAUCACCAGUACUGAGAUGGACCCUGGAGAGAUUUCUCCCUCAGUUAGGUCAAGUUUGCCCCUGCUCGGUUAGGUUAAGAAUUGUAGAAAAUGCCAUUAUUAAUUAUUUGCCUCUCACGAUUCUUUGUGAAAAGCCAUAUUGUGGUGUUUUGAAAUGCAGGAGAAACCCACAAAAUUAAAUCUUCUGACACUAGUGCAGGCAGCAUCUCCUAAACACAUGGCUACAAUGUGUAUUUACAUACUGGUUGGACAUGUAGUUCAUGGACAUCAUCAAUGGUAAAAUUGUCCAUCUCUGGGCCAAACUCCUACCCCUGACCAUAUUAAUGAAGGCUAUACACGUAAUACCUAUAUGUACCAUUGCUGAUAUAAUAAUCUCUUCUACCUAUGUACUCUUACCUGUUAUGUUAUUACAGAAAAUGAUUUAAAUAAAUAAAGAUUGUAAGGUUGAGGGUACCAUGAUCCCAGGACUUUGCGUUGUCUUGCUUCCCAGGGGAGAAUUGACCAAACAUGGCCGUUGUAUGGUCAAUGCUCAAAAAGUAGAUCCCCAGAUGUUUUAAACCUACAGCUUACAUGAUACUUUGUCAUUCUACAGGCAUGCAAAGCAUCAUGUUCUACCACAUCUGGGCAUCUAACCUUUGGGCAACCCUGAUCUAAGGAAUAGCAAACUCCACAAGGUCCAUAAAAUGAGUGUUCUCUUUAAUCUGCGUUAACUAAGAAAAAGCAACAUCCCCACCAAAAAAAUCAUUCUCAAGCCUGAAUAACCUACAUUUAUGUUAAAACGUUGACACUUUGUACUUUAGGAACAAUAAAGAGAUAACUCUCAUUUUUAACUUAAAUGUAGGUCUUUCUGCCUUCAGUAUUAUUUAUGUUUUUGCCAGAAUGUAGCCAUUGUUUCCUAAAGUAGAAUAAAGAGAAUUAUCCGAGCAUUGUGUGGACUGCUGGACGUUGCCUAUAGGGUGGAAUUGGUAGUAAUGGCUUUUUUCAUGUAACAAUUUGUAAGGAGUGCUGUGACACACUGUAGAAUUGUAACAUCACACGAUUGCUCUUACACCAUGUCCCCUAUUUUGGUUGUAGUUGUUCCACUAAUCUUCCGGAUCUCCUGCAGUGUGAAGCAGCAGACUUGGACUGCGAGUCGGAAAUGGAGUACAAGAAAGGUGAGAAACGUACACACUGUUGUUUGGCUCGCCAGUCUUUAGCAAAUGAAAUCAGAAUGUCAUAGUUUGGGUUUAAAUAGCUACAUUUAGUGAAUAACCCGUCAGUAAGCAGAGAGGCAUGGAAGGGGGGGGGGACACCUCAUUGCACCAUCAUAUGUGUAAAGAAAUGAUCAGAACAAGGGGAUAGUAAAACACCCAAAAUGGAUCUUUCUAAAUGCUCAAUAUACUUUAUGUUAACCUUGUGUCUAUAAAGCAUUGUCUCAUUGUCUAUGGCAUCUAUUGAGGUCCUACCAACCGAACACACGUUUCCCCUCACGUUUCCCGUCAUGUUUUCAGAUCUCCAGAUGUUCUCUAAUAUGGAAAGUGGUGAGAGCGCGGCGGAGAAAGGAUUGUACGUAAGCCCGCUUUUAAUUCACACAUUGUAUUUUAUUUUUAAUUAUUAUCCAGCAAAACAGAACUUCUUUUAACCUGACUUUGCCUGUUGCAGCCAUCCAAGGUCUGCGUUGAUUUGCUGGAUUUAAUGUUAAAAUUGCUGCUCGUAGCUCCAUCAGAGCUUUACUGGUGUAGAUUGAUGUUUGUAACAUUGGUGAAUACUUUGUAUCAGCUCGGAAUAUUUGUAUUGUAAAUAUAUUAAUGGCAUGUAGACAAUGUAAAGCAAGUUUUUACCCAAUUCCCCUGAAUACUGAAAGCUUGCCGACUGUACACGUCACACCCCCAAAACCCAUUCACCCACUUUAUGUCCAACAUCUAGUCUAGUCUAAUACUAUCCUUACCUUUUUGUGUCAUUUUACCCCACCCCCUCUAGCAUGUAAGCUCAUUGAGCAGGGCCCUCAAUCCCUCUGUUACUGUGUGUCCAACUUGUCUGGUUACAAAUACAUGUCUGUUUGUCCACCCAUUGUAAAGCGCUGUGGAAUUUGACGGCGCUCUAUAAAUAUAAUAAUAAUAAUAAUAAUAAUAAUAUCAGUCUUCCCUGUGCCUAGAGGGAUAAUAGCUAUGCCUCACUGCUGAUACCUUACAAGGUUGAAAUGAUUGUCUGGGGUUGCUGUAUCUCUCGUGCAGAGGGAACUUGCUGGCAUUUCGGAUCUGAACUGCCAGAUAUGUUCUCUCUGUAAUGGCACAAGAUGAGCAAAAGCUCACCCGAGCGGGGAUGUACUGAAAGACAAGCUACUGAGUCUAUCUCUAAGCUUCUGUCUGUUCUCAGGGUGCUGUCCCAUUGUCCCAUGUAUCUCCAUCAACACCGAUUUGUAAAAAAACAAUAAUCAUUAAUCGGGCUGUUAAGUAAGUGCAGUCUCUGUACCUGCCUGUAUUGGGGGGAUCAUUUGCCAAACACAACAGAACUUUUACUUUCUGGUGGUUUGAGAUCUGCAAGAAUUCCUUAUGAAUAAUCUUUUGCAUAUGGUCCGGCCUCCUUUCUCACUGAAACUUUGUUCUGCGUUAACAGAUCCAUGCCACGGAGGCGUCAUGCCCAAAGAAUGAACACGCGGACAACCAUAAUCGCUUUCCAGGGUGAUGACCUUCUAAAGCAGAUCUGCAUCAUUGGGGGAAACAAAACAGGAAUAUUCAUCCACCAGGUGACCAAGGAUUCCGCAGCAGAUGAGAUGUCACUGAUUCCAGGAUGUCAGAUAAUGGCUGUGAGUCAAUUUAUAUCCUCUUACAUGUAUUAAUACACUCAUAACUUCAACAUCCCUACCAUGGCACACUCAGUCCAUUGACUAAUUCUACUCAACAUACUCAACUUUGACUCUGCACUUUGGAUAGGCAACGUCUGGAACUCCAGGCACUGUGAGCGUGAACCUGUUGUCUAAGUGAUAAUCUAUGAAGGACACUAUUCUUCACAGCAUUUGGACUGUGAGUAGGUAACCCCUGGAACUCCAGAAACGAUUUAAGGGUCACUGUAGUCACCAGACCAACUACAGCUUAUUGUACUGUAUACAGCUUAUUGCAUUUGUUCUGGUGAGUAUAUUCAUUCCCUUCACUGUUUCAGAGAAAAUGCAAUGUUUACAUUACAGCCUAGUGAUAACUUCACUGGCCACUCCUCAGGUGGCUACAGGAGGUGCUUCCUGGGGCAGUGCUGCACAGUGUGACUGACAUUCAGUGUCUCCACCCUCUGCAUGGAGACACUGAACUUUCAUCAUAGAGAUGCAUUGAUUGGCCAGGGCUGUGUUUUGCUUUUGUAGGCUGUGAUCUGCCUUCUUGACAGUCUCAGCCAAGCCAAAGCUUGGGAAAGCAUUGCUAUUGGCUCAGAUCAUCACCUCUGAUAAUGUCAGCCAAGCAGGCAGAUCAGGGGCAGAGCCAGCAGCAACAUACUGGAUUAAAAGUAAAUGUUUACUAUAUUUAGGGGACAAUGAGGGGCCGAGGGGCCUACAUAGUGUUUUUAACACUAUGUUCAGGAAUACAUGUUUGUGUUCCUGACCCUAUAGUGUUCCUGUAAUUGCUGUCUAGGUGGUCAGCUGGGAAGGACGAUGUCACAGUAUUUGCACUGUUUUCAAACUGUUUGUCUGCUUGACGUGUUCUUGGUUGCUAACUAUGAAGCAAAAUCUCGAUUUAAGUAUUUGUGUUUCUAGAAAUUGCUAAUCACUGCUAGACCUCAUACGGACUGUCUCGUUAUACCUGCAUUGGGUCAAUCAAUUGACACGUGUAAAACAUUAUCAGUAAACAAAGUAUCUGAAUAUCUCAGCAUGUGGGAUCUUUCCUGUUUAUUUAUUCAGUCUUGUCUGCUUUCAAUUUGCUUAUAUGGCGUAUUAAUAAUUCUAAUACCAAGGACUAAUCUUAACAUUUUUAUAUAUACUUUUUUUGUGCAGGUAGAUUUUGAUGUCAUGGAUCCCUCUCACAAGGUGGAUCUGGAAGGGGUGACUUCAGAAGACGCCCACUGGACACUGAACAGAGUGAACGGGUUCUGCUGUCUUUCCAUUCGAUGCAACAUGGACGGUAAAAAAUGUUGAAUAAUUCGCUUGUGUUCGUUCCAUAUGUAGAAUAUUCCAGGAUUCUGUGCGUGUCCAUUUCAUAUGUAGAAUAUAUCAGAAUUCUGUGUGUGUCCACUCCAUGUGUAGAAUAUUCCAGAAUUCUGUGCGUGUCCAUUCCAUAUGUAGAAUAUUCCAGGAUUCUGUGCGUGUCCAUUCCAUAUGUAGAAUAUUCCAGGAUUCUGUGCGUGUCCAUUCCAUAUGUAGAAUAUUCCAGGAUUCUGUGCGUGUCCAUUCCAUAUGUGGAAUAUUCCAGAAUUCUGUGUGUGUCCACUCCAUGUGUAGAAUAUUCCAGGAUUCUGUGUGUGUCCAUUCUAUGUGUAGAAUAUUCCAGGAUUCUCUGUGUCUUUUUCAUUAUUAUUAUUAUUAUUGCCAUUUAUAUAGCGACAACAGAUUCCGUGUAGAUUCAUGUGUAGAAUAUUCCAGGAUUCUAUGUGUGUCCAUUCCAUGUGUAGAAUAUUUCAGUAUUCUGUGCUUGUCCAUUCCAUAUGUAGAAUAUUCCAGAAUUCUGUGCGUGUCCAUUCCAUGUGUAGAAUAUUCCAGGAUUGUGUCUGUGUCCAUUCUAUGUGUGUAGAAUAUUCCAGAAUUCUGUGCGUGUCCAUUCCAUGUGUAGAAUAUUCCAGGAUUGUGUCUGUGUCCAUUCUAUGUGUCGAACAUUCCAGGAUUGUCUGUGUCCUUUUCAUUAUUAUUAUUAUUAUUGCCAUUUAUAUAGCGACAACAGAUUCCGUGUAGAUUCAUGUGUAGAAUAUUCCAGGAUUCUAUGUGUGUCCAUUCCAUGUGUAGAAUAUUUCAGGAUUCCAUGUCUGUGUGUACAAAGUUGAUUUCCAGAAACAGAACAGAAAAUCCCCAUAUAAAACACUUUGUGGUUGUGUAGUAACAGGUCAGGAUGUCACUAUAUGACAGAAAGCAAAUUAGAUUUUCCCAAAACAGGUCUAGAAUCACACUUUAAAAAUGUGAUGACACCAAAAAUUCAGACAACGUUACUUUUCCCAGGAAGAACAGGUCCAUUUCGAGAUAUGAGACAUGAUUUAUAUUUCUGAAAAGAUCACUGGCCAGAUCUUAUCAAAAGGCCUUUGUUGGCGCAUUAGCCAAAUAGAUAUUUUAUAUAAUCUACAGAGUCCGCAGACACAAUUCUCAGUUUGCUAGACUGUAUCUACAGGUGCUAAAAACAGGAUUCCUUUGACUUGAGUUAAAAAGUGAACUUGGAAAAAAUUCAACACAACAUUUUUAGCAGAGAGUUCACAAGUUUAGCAUUGGACCUUUUCUUUGACAGAAACUUGACCGCUAAGGCUCUAGGUUUUGAUGUUUUUUUUGCCUACCUAAGGUUCCAAAUGUUAGUUUGCUUCCUUGAGAAUUUUUGCUUAUGGGAUAACAUAAGGCCAACCUUUCAUGCAACUAAAUGGGUGCACUGUCAUUCAUGUUGAAUAUAUGAACCUCUUUAGAUAGAUUUAGAAACGUUCGGGGUAAUUGUGCUGGGUAUCCUUUAGUUCAUAAAAUACUAGAUUUUCUUAAAGAUAGAUCCUAUAUUCCUGUUCUUUGGAUGCUUAGAAAUGCCCCUUCAUGCAGUUCUGAUAGAAAGAAUAUGGUGACAGCACAGAAUUCUGACUCAUCUUCUUGCCAGGGUUUGCGAAAUUAUAAUUUUGAUUGUCUUCUUGGCGGGUUACAUUAAGACAUACCUGACAUUCUGCAUGUCAUGUUAUAGAGUACCGUAAGUUGCUGAAUGACAUAGACAGCGGAUCAGCCGUUUCGGGGGACUCCUUCUACGUACGUGUCAACCAAUCUAUGCCAGGACGGAUAGGGGGCGGCAUGCAGGUCACAUGUGGUGAAAUACUUCACAUUAAAGACACCAUGUACAAAGGGCGUCAGCAGUGGUAUGCUCACAGAGUCAAUCCCUACACCAUGAAUGAUGGCGAGUCUGGAUCAAUUCCCAACUAUCGACAGUAAGUUACUAAUACCCCCCUAUUGCCUAGAAACUUAAUUAUACCUGCCCAUCACUGCUUCCCACUAAAACCUUUCUUUGCCAUAAAUCAGGGCUCAGGAACAUUUAAUCAGCUCCAUCCAGACCAUAACGUGGCAGAAUGCUGUCCAUCGCAAGGUAAGGUGGGACGAAGGGCAGGUCCUCUCUUUCAAGAAGUAUUUUACAGCUCUGAUACUAGGCAUACACUUGUGUUACUGUGUUACUAGGGAUCAAAUUGAUUUAUAGUAGCAGAGGCUGACGUUUGGGAGUCAGGAAAACUGCUGAAAAUGAGGCUCUGCACCUUAAGACCCACACACCACAAACAAAAAUAUUACAAGCAUCCCAAAUACACACACCUACCCACAGAAGGCUCACACUCAUUCAUAACACAACAGUCAUCACACACACACACACACACACACACACACACACACACAGUAUCACAAAUGCCCAAACAAACAUGCAACACCACAGACCGUUCUAACCACACACACAAAUACUACAAGUGACUCACAUACACACAAUUUAUCACAGACAGCAAACACAAAUACAACAAACAGUCCACAUACACACGUUUAUUACCACAGACAGCCCCCCCACAUAACUACCUCAAACAGGGAACACACAUACAUAACAUGAAAAAUAACACACACUACAACAAACAAUGUACAGCUAAAAAAAAAACACAAACCAUCCUUGCCACACACAUGCACACAUUGCCACGAACAGACCACUUUUACACAAAACUCUACCAGCAAACCCCUCCAAACACACAAAUUGCAUACACAACACUACACAUAGCCUUAUAUUCACUCACAAAACACCACAGACAUCCCAAACACACACAAUACAUACAGCCCACUUACAUACACACAUAUACAACUUCAUAAAGCAUCUGCUACACCCAUACAUAACACAAGCAGAAAUUCUUAACAUACAUAAACAUUGUUUACAACGUUAGGGCCAGCACAAUGAGGGGCUUCAUAGUUUUACUUUGUCACAGCUCUACCAAAAGAUAGGGCCUACCCCGAUCUAGAAUUUCGUUAUCUAUGUCAGUUUCACAGUUUCACAGUUUUACUUCAUUUCCAUAGCCUUGUGUUGGUAACAUGAUCCCGUCGGUAAUAGUAUCUGUCUCUGGUUUAUUCUUCCACAGUCAAAAAAGCAAGUCCGCAUAGUGAGUACAGACCGGUGCACGUCUCACUUGCUGUGGACAUCUAUAGACUGUGGACUUUGUCGAUGUGAAGGUAAGUACUAGUUCGUUGGCUUUGCUCUCCGGUCUACACAGCAUGGAAAGCUUGGAUGCCCACACCUAGACUGUAACCUAUGUAGAGGAAAGUGUGGAUAUUGUAGAUCUUGGUUCGGAAUAUUAUAUGCUUACAAUAUAUACUAAACAAUCCCAAAUCCAGACCUUAGUAAAAAGUGUGAACCAGGAUAAAAAAAAUGUGAAACUAAAAUGUGAGCAAUAAGGGAUUCCCGCCGUCAUUAUACAGUGCUACGGAAUUUGCUGGCACUAUGUAAAUUAUAAUGAUAUGGUUAACCAUUUUUCUCCCUCCCCUCUGGACACUACUAGUGUGGAUUGUACUGCCCUCUAAAGGUUAUUAGCAAUAUUACUGCUCUAUUGGGUUUUUUAUAGUCACACAGGAUACACACGUUUUAAGUGAUUUAAUGUGAUUCCUGCUGCUCCUUUAAUAUAAUGGAGAUUGCCUAUGACAAUAUUAAUAUAUUUAUAUGAGGACUGAUAUUGUCAGUUUAUUGGGAGAUAUAUAUAUAUAUAAUAGGCUUUUGUCUACGUGUAGACUUAUUUCUUUUCAGCUAUAACUAUUUAGAGGGACACUAUAGGAAUUAAAAUAACUUUAGCUUAAUGAAGCAGUUUUAGUGUAUAGAUCAUGCCCCUGCAGUCUCAUUGCUCAAAUUGAGCUAAAUCAUUUUGUUUAUACAGCCUUAGUCACACCUCCUCUGGCUGAGACUCACAUAGCCUUCCUAAGCACUUCCUGAAAAAGAGCUUAUAUUUUUUAACUUACCGUAUAUACUCGAGUAUAAGCCGACCCGAAUAUAAGGCGAGGCCCCUAAUUUUACCACAAAAAAACUUGGAAAACUUAUUGACUCGAGUAUAAGCCUAGGGUGAGAAAUGCAGCAGCUACUGGUAAAUUUCUAAAUAAAAUUAGAUCCCAAUAAGAUUACAUUAAUUGAAUAUUUAUUUACAGUGUGUGUAUAUAAUGAAUGCAGUGUGUGUGUGUGUGUGUUGUGUGUGUGUAUAUAAUGAAUGCACAGUGUGUGUUUGUGUGUGUAUAAUGAAUGCAGUGUGUGUGUGUGUGUGUGUUGUUUGCGUAUAUAAUGAAUGCAGAGUGUGUGUUUAUGUGUGUAUAUAAUGAAUGCAGUGUGUGUUUGUGUGUUGUGUGUAUAUAAUGAAUGCACAGUGUGUGUUUGUGUGUGUAUAUAAUGAAUGCAGUGUGUAUAUAAUGCAGUGUGUGUAAACUGGGUGUGGGGAGGGCAUUUAUAUUUUAAUUUUAAUAUUAUUAUUAUUUUAAUAUUAUAUUAUUUUAAUAUUAUUAUUUGAUUUUAUUAUAUUAUUCUAUUAUUAUUUUAUUAAUUUUAAUAUUUGUAUUUUAUUAUUCUAUUAUUAUUCUAUUAUUUUAAUAUUAUUAUAUAUUAUUCUAUUAUUUUAUUAAUAUUUUAAUAUUUGUACUUUUUUUAGUUUUUUGUCCCCCCUCCCUGCUUGUUGCCUGGCCAUUGGUGAAUCCCUGGUGGAGUGGCUGUCAGUGGGGGGGCUCCGUGCAGCUCCUGUCAGCUCCGUUCUCCGUGCAGCUGCGAGACUGGCUCACAGUGAGCAGAACAGCUGACAGAAGAGCUGACAGAAGAGCUGACAUGAGCUGCAGGAAGGUAAGUAAGAGCUCGCUGUCAGCCCCCAACAGGACCGCCGGGCUUGUAAUGAGCCCGGCGGUCCUGGUCUGUAUUGUGGCAAUGUAAAUUGCCAUAAUACAGACUGACUCGAGUAUAAGCCAAGUGGGGGUUUUUCAGCACAAAAAAUGUGCUGAAAAACUCGGCUUAUACUCGAGUAUAUACAGUACUUAGCAUAUAGUGUUGGGUCUUAUCUCCUACUCGGUUAAUUGCCUGUUAGAUCAUUCAGUAGCUUCUUGUAUAAAAUUAAAGUUGAAUUAACAGAACAGGAGAUAAAAACCUCUAAAGAAAACACUCUAUGCUGUAAGAUCUGAUUGAAAAACAAAACACUUUUUAAUGGAGGCUGUGUACUUGAGCAGUGAGACUGCAGGGAUAUUAUCUACUUACCAAAACUACUUCAUUAAGCUGAAGCUGUUUUAGUGCUUUGGGAGUCCCUUUAAGGAUUAUAUCGCUCCCUUCUUUGGACAGGGUUUUUAUAAUUUGUAAUCUUUUAAAAAAAAAUUUAUAAUAUGUAUUUUUAUUAGAAAUUUAUUUUCUGUUUGCUAAAUUUGGUUGUAGAAGAGUAAAUGUUUAUCUUGUCACAAAAUUAUUUGCUGUGGCCACCCCUCCCCCUCCAAUGCUUUCCCACCUACCUGGAACGAUAUACAAAACACUAUCAAGGGUGACUUUGUAUCUGCAAUGUCCCUCUGCCCAUUUUCCCAUAAACGAAUAACCAUUACAUAAGCGGUAUUAAUGACAGAUUGCAGUAUGUUGCAAAGAACAUUUGGUUUGGUAAUUUGCCCAUCAGGUUACUAACGCCCAAUUACUCAUUCUAUAAAGUCUCUGGACUGUGAAUUUAUAGAAUUACCUUUUUAGUUUGUGGUAUUUCCUUUUUUUAUAUUAAUUUCAAGUAACACCACUUGUUGUUCUGUCGUUGUUUUCAUUUUUUGUGUUUGUACAGAUUCCUCUACAAGUUCGGCACUGACCAGAAGCUGCUUCACGCUGAUGCCAUACACCUUGGUGACACAUAUCAAGGUUACGUUACCACGACCGGUCCUGGUUGUCCCUUCUUUGCUUGGCCGACAUCUGAGUGAGAAGCUCUGUGCCACCAAGGACUUCAUGAAAUGUGAUACAGGUACCUUCCAUUCGUCAUUGUGUUCAUUCCAUUACAUAAUUACUGAAGGUACCGGCUCUUGCACGGUGUUCUAAAGGGUUUUCAUUGAGACCACGGACCCAGAGUCCCGAAAGACUAUGGAGCUUAGUGCUCUAUCAUUACCUGGUAAUCCAAUGUGGGGGAACAAGAUCAUUGUCUACUGCACACUAUAACACUGACUGGUCACUUUAUUAAUACUGAACCAGGCUGGCAAUGCCUCUGAUUUAUUAGCAGGACUCACUGGAUGGUUUAGCCAGUUUCUGUAUAUUUGUCACAGUGAGCUGCUUGGGAGGAAAGUGCCAAUAUUAGAAACCCUGAUUCCUGCAUUCAUAGAAGCUACCCGAGACUCCGGGAUUCUUGGGUCACUAGAGUCUCCAAAAAUAUCUCAGCAUGGCUCAACUUCUACUUGUAAGCUGUGAGUGGGCGAGUGUUAAUUUUGAGCCAUGCUCUAGAGGCUGCUGUGCAAGAAGAUCCCUAAAGAUGGCUCCAGUAAUCAUUCUACUACCAGUCCCUUAGAUCACAUUUCUUCUCCAUACUGAGGUUUGAUAGUAGAGAUAUAUUGCUCAACGGAAACAGACAGUGUUUCCUAUCCCAGAGGUAUCUAUUUUUGGAGAGAUGUGUGGAUGAAUGGAAAGUCUACUCAUUGUGUCCAGCAUCUCCUUGCACAGGGGUUCCCAACCCAGUCCUCAAGUACCCUCUAACAGUUCAGGAUUUAGGGAUUACCCUGUUGUGUCUAAAGUGUUUUUCUUUUUUUCUAAAAACACCUUAGACACAGCUGGGCAACCCCUAAAUCCUGGGCUGUUAGGGGGUACUUGAGGACUGGGUUUAGAACCACUGUCCUAGCACAUCAGAUAAUGCUAUUUAAUACAACCAGCUCCAAAACACAGUAAUCGGUAUGUCCUCAUGGUAACAUGUGACCUUUACUCCAGAAUGCUUGACUGACGCAGAGUACGCGGCAAAGUAUCAGCGCGGGGAUGUGAUCGGUGAGAAGGCGGGUGAGAGGUUACGGUCUUAUUUCACCAGACAUACUGUGGAGUCUGUGGCCCAGCAGGUAGGUGCACUUGAAGAUCUGCAAUGCUGAAUUGAGGGGAUAUAAAAAGGGCAAUCUCACUUUUUAUUUAUUUUCUCGCAGAACGCACACUGCCUCUUGGAACUUGGUUUGUCUUGUCUGGCUCCUCUGAUCCGAGUGGGGAUCUACCCAAUUGUCCUGCAUGUCCCAUUGACAGAAAAGAGUAUAAAAAAACUGAAGUGAGUGCAACUUCCAUGCCUUAUAUACUGCUUCAGUUUCUAUAAGAAACUGAGAAAAGGGUGCCAGGAGUAUCCUCCCUUGGUGUUAACUUCCCAUUGAACAAAGUAGUUAAUGUCUCACAAAAUACCCUGAUACACAUAAUAUAACCACGCGUAGGGUAGAGCUUUGAUAUCAAAUUGUAGCUCCUCAGGGGUGGUGUUCACAUUGAGUGGGAGCAAGGCAUCUUGGGUAGGCUUUGAGAGAUUAGAAAAUGUAAAUAUUUAGUAGGGGAGUGGUAUGGGGAGGGUACUGGAUGGUUUAUGUGUGGAUUAUAGGCAAAUAGUCAUUGGGCUUUUUUAAACAAAUGGCGUUGUGUAAUUGUAUAUAGCAAUGAAUAUAUGUUAUUAGCAUUUUUUUUUUUAACUGUCCUCUUAUCUGCCCCUUUUGUGUUGCGCAUGGCUUUGACAUACUAUAGGUAUAAUAAAGGGACAGCGAUUGGCUGUUGGAAGGAGUCAGAUCAGCAGCUUAGCUCAAAACGCUUUUUCAAUGGUACACUGCGUACCUUCCAAUCAAAAAGAUGCUUUGUGAAAAGGGGAGAUGUGGUUAAUGGAGUGGAGUUAUACUGCUAAAUGGUGCAAUUUUCUUUUUAAACAAAACUAAAGAGUGUCUGUCCCUUUAAAUUUCUGUACAUUUCUGUUUAGUUUAGAACAGUGAUUCUCAAACCUUUCCUCAUGUUUCAGCAACAGUCCAGGUUUUGUCAGUAUCUCCAUUGCAAUAAGGUCUGGUUUGGGAAUCACUGGCUUAGUUGACGACUCGUAUAUGCAGCAGCAUUCCCUUCACCGCCAUUUUUUUCUCCUUAGAAAACCACUCCAUUGGUGGAGAAACUGGGAGGAUCUCCUCUUGGAGUGUGCGCAGCGGGAGGAGACAGAGUUAGACGCUUUGCCAUGCUUUUACCGCACCGUGGAACCAGAGACGUGGAACGAUACGGAAUCUCUGCUGAGCAGCGUGAAGGAAGUUAUAAUGGACGAACAAAAACGCUUUGUGUGGCUGGAGAACAAGCUGUGCUGA